AUGGAGAGCAGCGGCGGCCGGGCGGGGCUCCAGCAGCAGGCGGCGGGCGGAGGAAGACAAGGCGGCUGGGUGCUGGUGGAGGCCCGGCUGCAGGGAGGUGCACCGUGGGGUUUUACCCUGCAGGGCGGCCUGGAGCAUGGAGAGCCGCUCAUCAUCUCUAAGGUACGAUCAGUAAGCAUUUUACUGUGACAGUUUAUGGUUUAUAAUGACAUACCAUUUCACUUUAAUAAGACACUACUGACACCUGUUCAUUGUCAAUGCAAUAUCAAGAAAACAGUCAUUGACAUUAUCUCAAAAUGCAAGUUUUAUGUGUAACACUAUAGCUUCAAUUCCUGGGGAAAAGAAGCUGGAAUACUCAUUAAAAUGUUGAAACCUGAAAAAUUGAGAGUUUAAAGUUGAAUUUGAUGCCAGAAACAUUUGUCAAAAAGUUGUAACAGGGUCAACAAAACACUGAAAGUCUGUGUGAAGCUUUAAAAAGUAUAAAUAAAACAAAAAUCAACAGCAGGUUAGUUACAUGACUGGGUAUAAAAAGGUCAUUCAGAGAGGCUGAGUCACCACUCUGUAAGAAACUGUGUGAGCUAAUUGUCCAACAGUUUCAGGGUAAUUCCUCAUCAUAAAACUGCGAAGAGUUUGAGUGACAGUACAGAAUACGAUUAAAAAAUUCAGAGAAUCUGGAGAAAUGUCUGAAUGAAAGGAGCAAGGACCAAAACCAAGACUGGACGGCCCUGAUCUAUGGGCCCUCAGGCAGCACAGCACUGCAUUAAAAACAGACAGGACUCUGUAGUGCAACUUCCCCCCAAAAAACCAUUGACUGUGAACACAUUUAAGGAACAAACCAUACUGUGCAAACUUGCCUAGGCCUAAGCCCACCAAAGAUGGAGUUCUGUUGUCUGACGAAUCAAAAUUUGACAUUCUGUUUGGAAAUCAUGGACACUGCAUCCUCAGCCAAGGAAGAGAGGGACCAGUUGGCUUGUUACCAGCACACGGUUUAGAAGCCAACAUCCCUGAUGGUAUGGUGAUCAUUGGUUUCAUAGCACCAGUAACUUACAAAUUUAGAAAGACUCUAUUAGUGCUGGACAACAUACAGUAGACAGGUUUGGGAACAACAUGUGCUGCCAUUUAGACAAUACCUUUUACGAGGAUGACAUUUAUAUAUCAGCAAAACAAUGACAAAUGACAUUCUGUGUGUGCAACAACAUAGCUCUGUAGUAAAAGAGUCCUCCUGCUAAACUAGCCUGCCUGCUAGUUUAGCAGAUAGGACUCUGUAGUGCAACUUCCCCCAAAAAAACCAUUGACUGUGAACACAUUUAAGGAACAAACCAUACUGUGCAAACUUUCCUAGGCCCAAGCCCACCAAAGAUGGAGUUCUGUGGUCUGACAAAUGAAAAAUUUGACAUUCUGUUUGGAAAUCAUGGACACUCCAUCCUCAGCCAAGGAAGAGGGGGACCAGUUGGCUUGUUACCAGCACACAGUUUAGAAGCCAACAUCCCUGAUAGUAUGGGGAUCAUCGGUUUCCAUAGCACCGGUAGCUUACAAGUUUAGAAAGACUCUAUUAGUGCUGGAUAACAUACAGUAGACAGGUUUGGGAACAACAUGUGCUGCGAUUUAGACAAUUUAGACAAUACUUUUUAUGGGGAUGACUUUCAUAUUUAAGCAAGACAAUGACAAAUGACAUUCUGUGUGUACAACACCAUGGCUCUGUAGUAGAGGAGUCCUGCCUGCAGUCAUGACUUGACACCCAUUGAAAACAUUUGGUUAAUCAUGGUAGGCAAAUAUAGCAAAGGAGACCCUGUACUGUUGAGUGGCUGAACUCAAACCAGACUUCUGCGACACCUGGUCAAAAUCUAACCAGACAUUCAACCACAGCUAAGAAUUGAUGUUCUGUUUGCUGAGUAAUGAUGUAACCACCAUCAGCAUAUUCAAGCUUCAAAACUAGUGAAAGUAAAAACCUGAGAGGAAAGCAUCCUUUAAAAAAAGAGGAUUUAUUAACUGAUAAUUAGUCAUGGUGUUUUUAUUGGCAAACAGCACAGAGGCUAGCUCUUCUUCUGACUGUAUGUGAAAUGACCGCUGAUCAGCCCUCUUCUGUCUGUACGACCAUUAUGGCCUAAUUUUAUUAACAUGCAAAUCAGCCGGCUUUGCGAGAGUGUGUGUGCGCGCAUGCAUGUGUGUGUGUGUGUGUGUUUGCGUGUGGAGGUUAUUCUGGGACUGAAGCCAAACGACUGUAAAAUAGGACAAGAAUGUGAAUUAUGUGUUUUCCUGGGUGCUCUUGAACACAGUCAUGCUUUUCUGCUGUAAUGGUGGAUGCAAGAGCUGUGUUUCAACCAGCAACUGUCUGAUGGAUAAAACAAUAUAAUGUGAUCAGUUUAUGUAACAUAAUGGUAUAUAAUAGUAUGUAUUUGGUCCAUUACCAUCAGACAAAACAUGACAAGUGAAAGGUUCAUUAUGCAAGUUAAAGCUCCUGCAAAAAGACAGCUGUUCUUUCUAUACAGUACAUUAAAAGUUGAAUCAGUUAAAAUCAGGAGAAAAUCGAUUCAAUCAGUCAGUCAAGCACAACUGAUUUGAAUGGAUUGUCUCAGUUUAUGUUUGCAAGAUGUCAGUGCAGUUGGUAAAAUAUGUAGCAUCUAUGAAAGUUAAGUGUGCAGCUUUCGGGUCCAUUAACAAUAACCUCUUUAUAUUAUAUAUUGUAUUGAAACGUGUUAUAGUGUGUUAUUUUGGACAGCAUUGUGCUGUUUAGAUUGUGUCACAUUGCAUCCUAUCCAAUUGCAGUGGGUCAAAUAUUCUAUAAUACCAUGUCUUAUCAUAUAAAAUGGUAUCCAUUUGUUCUAUAUCCUAUCAUAUGCUCUGCUGUGCAGCAUUUGAUGUUAUAUUGUGCUUAUUGUGUUUUAUACUCAAUAGUAUUAUAAAUAUCUUGUGUAUUGUGGUAUCACAAGAUGGUACCAUAUCAGAUCAUAUCGUUUCAUAUUGUAUUGUGUCAUAUUGAUACUGCAUCAAAUCCUUUAGUUUUAUGUUGUGUCAUAUUGUAUAAUAUCUGAAAUCAUAACUGUAUCAUGUUGUUUAUUGAAUAUAUGUCUGUCUUUUCAUCUUUAAAUGAGUCAGGGGUUUUGUAGUGAGUUAAAAAAGCUAUUUGUAGCUGUUUGCUUAGACUGUGGGAAAAUUGUGUUCUUGAAUAUUUUUUUGCCAUGUGCUUGACUAACUAAUAGAUAACGGUAUGACCCUCAGAUUAAUUAACUAGAAAAAUGCAGUACCGAGGAAGCCAGUAAAACCACUGGGUUAAAUUUAGGUAGGAAUUCGGUUGAGGCCACAAAAUAACUGUGUGUUUACUGUUUUUCUAGGAGAUGUAAAACAAGUACAAGAAACACAGACUCAUGAAAAUCUGUUUUUUCAUUUGUACUUAUGAUCGGAUGUACUUCUUACACCACUGAUAAUUUGCAUACAUUGGUGAUGGGCAGUCAUUUACAGAUUUUGAAUUUAAAGGGAUAUUCCGGCGUAAAACUAAUUUAGGGUCUAACGCACUGUAACACCGAGUUAGACACCCCCUCAAGAGAUGAAUGUUGCCGACUGCUUGCUUCUCUAGUUAUACCAACUUUAGUAAUGAGCUGAAAAGGCAAGCUAAAAAGAUGUUUGGUGGCUAGUGCUGUGGCUACGACCCUAUAUGUACUGUUGAUGAAGUUAGGUGCUGCUCUGAGCAUUAUUUGUGGCUAUAAAGUGGCGUUUUGGUGGAGGUUUGUUUAUGGCUCCUCAGACCGCUGUGUAUUGCUAUCCUGCGGUCGUUACCAAAGUUGGUAUAACUUAAAAAAAAAUAUCGCUCACAGGAAGUAUUAAUUAACCUUUUUUACGUUAUGCCACAUAUUCAGAUUCAUAUUUAUGAAAGUUAUGAAUAAGUAGAAGCAUUUCUAUUUUCAGUCAGUAAAAUCAAACAGUAUUGGCUCCAUAAGCUUGUUUAUUAUCAGUGCAGUAUUUCUUGGGGUCAAAGGUCACAAUGAAGGUAAUCCAGGCAGAUCAACUCAGGUUACACAAUCUUAAUUAGUUUAAUCUGAGAGUCUCAUGAUUGGCAUCAAACAGGAAAUGUGCUCUGACGCUGCUAAAGCUACACCUUCGCACUAAAGGUGAGAGUUAAAGCUGUAACCCGAACUCUCUCCUAGAGUUAACAGCAGCAACAACAACCAGAGCCAAAACUAGCAAAUACAGUUCAACCUGCUCAACAGCUCAGGGUCUUCUUAGUCAGACUUUUUAUUAUAUGAUGCAGCAAAUGUUGUCAAUGUCAAUACUGCAGAAUGUGUUUUUUCUAAAGAGAGCCAGGAAAUGUGGGGAAUAAAAGUGGGGAAGACACGCAGCAAAGGGUUGUUGGUGGGAGUUGAACCAGCCACCAUUGUCACAAGGACCGUAGGCUCUGAAUAUGAGGCGUGAUUACACCAGGCCAUCAUGGAACACCUCUAACCUGCAUUUGUGGAUGCGGCAAUGAAGUGUGUUAACAGAGAGUGGUUUUCAGCCCAUGCUGUGACUUACACUACAGAGUCAUUUAUGUUUUCUUUGUAGUGCCACAUAAGGACACAAAACUCACAACAUGCAGCAGUGGUUUUUAUCACUGCUCCUUUUAUGCAGGGAUUUCUCCAGUUUCUCUGAAUCCUUAAUGAUAUUUUGUACCGUAAACGAUAAAAUCAGCCAACUCUUUACCCUUUUGGGGCAUUUCACAGCUUUAGUGGUGUUGUUGUCCCUCUAUCAACUGUUUUUGAAUGUGUUGAUGGCAUCAAAUUUCAAUGUUUUCAUUACAAAAUGCAUCUGUUGGUUUAAAUAUUUGAUUUAUUGUCUUUGUGCUAUUUCAAUCUAAUGUAGAUAUCAAAUCUGUUUCUCUCAGCAUUGAGGUGUAUCCUAGCACAGCAUACUAUUUCAUCAUGGUUAUUAGAUCCACAAAGCCCGUGUAGGACUAAGAAAAUGAGAUUUGUGGAGAAGGGUAAGCUCUCAUCAUGAGGUCCUCAGGUUAUUCUUUCUGAGAUUAUUUUCUCCAAUCUCACAUUCUUUAUCGAUUAGAUGAGGUUUGUUUUUUCAGUCACAGUCCGAACAGGCCGAGCCCCUCUUCUUGGAUAUGUCUGACUGCCGGGUAAUGAAUUUCAGCUGGAAUACCAAACUCAGUGACACACACAUACACACACACACUCCCACAGAGUUACGGAGGGAUUUGGCAAACCUUAUUUGGGUAUAUUUAUUCCUGAAAAAGCAAAACAGAGCAGGCAUGUGCAUGGUUCUGCAGAACUGAGGCACAUUUAGCUCUACAUCUUACAGGUUUCCUCUCUCCUAUCAGAUCAGUGGACUUAUCUUACAUUGGUGAGCUUUGAUAAGAUAGCGCUGUCGGCCUUACACAAAGCCCAAUGAAUCAAUGACUUAGUUUUGAUGUCUUUGCGUUUUCUGUCCUUCCCUUCUGCUUUGUCUUUUUUUAAUGAACAUUCAGUGUUGGGGGUGGUGCUCUGUGUGGGCCAAAGCACUGUAUGCUUUUGUUCAAACGUAACACAUGUUGUAAUUCAGAAGAGGUCCAGACACACCCUGAGUUAAAUUCUUGGCAGUUGAUUUAACAUUCGAACAGUCCCAGCUGGGUGGAGUUUAUUGUUUCAGAGCAGUGUUGUGGAUACCUCUGUCAAUCACAGAGAGGAUGUGAGAACAGACAUCAAAUGAAAGCACUUCAUGGUAAUAGUUACUGUACAUCUGAACUCAGGGUGAACCCCGAAUUUGAUCUGUAAACCUUUGAUGCUGUGCAGGUUCAAUUCACGUCUCCUACGUACUGGAAUCAUAAAAUCUGAAAUCUGGGUAAAGCAGGUGGGAACUAGAGGCAUGUUGGAUUAAGCAAAGAACACUGAGAGCACUGAUUGAUCAAACAUAUUGUUGAUAUUCUGAAAUAAUCGGCAUCACAUUGACAUCUGGACUCACAGUCGCCAUCGUCUUUUCCAAAUCACAACAUUUUUUCCAUUCUCAGUUACAUUAUCCAUCCAUCCACCCAUCCACCCAUCCACCCAUCCAUCCAUCCAUCCAUCCAUCUAUCCAUCCAUCCAUCCAUCCAUCCAUCCAUUCAUCAAUCCAUCCAUCCAUCCAUCCAUCCAUCCAUCCAUCCAUCCAUCCACCCAUUUAUCCAUCCAUCCAUCCAUCCAUCCAUCCAUCCAUCCAUCCAUCCAUCCAUCCAUCCACCCAUCCAUCCAUUCAUCCUUCCUUCUAUCCAUCCAUACAUCCAUACAUCCAUCUUCAACCACUUAUCUGGGGGCAGCAGCCUGAGCACAUUAUCAUGAAUGUAAAAUAGUCAUUGGAGAAUACUGAAUAUAACUUCUGCUAUAAAAUGUAGAAUAAUGCAGUUCACUGUUGCUUCUGACAUGAAUAUCAGUUGGUACAUUUACAUGUUGGAUUAUUGCCUUAGUCUGACUGAAAUUGGACUUUUGAAAAACAUGUAAACACACAAGUCUGACUGAAAUCACACUAAAUCAUAUCUCUCAUACUCUCAUAAUCAGACUAACAUACCUGGAUAAAGCAGUUCGGGAUCGAUUGUCUCUGUCAUGUAAACCACUUGAUCGAACUGAAACUGGCCUAAGCGGUCUGCAAAUGCUCCAGUGUUCACACACCAGGCUCUGAGCCGGGAGUUGGACAGCAUGGAUGCACUGCUAAACAGCCAAGCAGUAAACAGGUGAAGAGAGGAUGCAAAAAAGACAAAACUAUUGUACAAACAAAUGCUACAGAGAUGUAAAAGUAGCGUCCUCUUGGCCUCUUUCUCACACAUUUGCUUAUUGUUCUGAACUGUUUGUAUCAGGUAAACCAAAAGAUGACUUAGAAGUAACAAGCUCAAAUGGGGCAUGUGCCCAACUACCAUAGAAGUAAACAUGCUUCUGUCAACAAUUUGGUUCUCGCUCGGUGCUUGUAAACUGGGAUAAAGACAGUAGUCUAGUUAAAACACCUUAUCGAGAUUUAACCUCAACUUGACUUAGCCAUGCAUGUAAACUUGCUGACUGGGACACCAUUUAACACCUUUGAAGGAUCAAUAUGAAAGUACAAAGGAGUGAUAACAGCUGAUAUGCAGCACAGCAUGGUUGUAUACUCGCAGGGCUUAAUGUGUUAAACAGGAAGCUUCAAAACAACAGUCCACCAAGACAGAGUUGUUUGGAGCCACUCUUGAUGUGUUUACACUGUUUGGUCAUUACACCAUAUCAAGCUUAGGCCUUCCAGUGUGUGGAGACAUUUGCAUCAUGAUCAGUCUUGUUGAUACUGAUGGUUAUUAAAGUUUUUGACUGACCUAUGAAUCAGUCGACUUUGCAGGACUGCACUGUCUCAAAGUCUGUCAGUGUCUCCACAAUCAUUUUAAAUCCAGAGCACUGAGGAUUAUCUUGAUAAGAGUCAGAGUCAUGUCAAAGUAUUUUUAUUCCUCAAUGAGUUUUCUUACCAAAUUCAGCAAACUUCCAUGAACGUUUUCUCGCUUUGUGACGUCUGUGCAGAGACAUUCAGACGACCAGCUCAGGGUUUGAUCGAGCUUAUCUCACAGAGAACAAGAACACAAGACAAUGUGACCUUAAAGAGGACUAGCAACACACGCAUAGACACAAACAGAGACGUAUACACACAAACGAACACUAACACACACAUAGAGUGACACACACAGUGCUGCACACGCUCUGACAGUGUUCUGAGAGGCAUCAUUAACAGCUCUGAUAACGCAGCAGGUCAUCCUGAUACACGCAGUAUGUGUUUGUGGGUGAAAGUUUGUGUGUUUUUGUGUAUGUGGGCUGAUGUUAGUUGGUGAAUGUUAGUGAGUCAGACCUGGAGUUUCAGUCAUAUUAUCACCUUUUCAGACAAUAAGAACAUAGAAGUGAUUCGAAACACCACACUCAGGAUCCUGCUUUUCUGAUUAUCAACAAGGCUGUGAAUCAUUCAUCAAAGAAGAUAAUCAUGUGGGUUAAUGUUCAGGACAACAUCAUGACAUGGUUGUGAUAAAGUUUUGAAUGUUUUUGAUCCAUUCAUUUGGCUUAUUCAACGAAAACAGUUUUGUAGCUUAGUGCUACAUUAGCGUUUUCUUUACAAUCCCAACCUUCUUCGUUUCAAGACUGAGCAGUGACUCUUGGUUUAGAAAUAUGAAGUAGAUGCAGAAGUACAGAAAACUGCAGUUCCUCACGUGUCCACUAGGGCUAGCUCAAAUAAACCAGCAAAAUUACCUGUUUACAGCCAAACAUACCUCAAGUCUCUUUACCUUAUCUCUUAAUUCAGAUAGACUGUAGAGUGGGCAGGAUUUUAAUUGAUUAUUCAUUUACAUGAUAUGAUUUCAUCUGGUUUUAACAUUUAUACCUAAAGAGUUAUGUAUGAUAUUGCGCACCCACCUAGUAGACAUUUGACUGACAGGUGGGUGAGUUCUUGCUGCAGUGAUGAGACACAACAUCAGCUUCACCUCUUUCCAGUUUCUUGUUAAGACAAAAGUUUCGAUCACCACCUUCAAUAUGGAGACCACUCUUUUCUGUUUUUGCCCCCUGACACCCCCUGUGGACAAAUCAGCAUUUGCAUGUCUUGUCCUGUACAUACUCAAAUAGUGUUAUCUCCCAAAAAAAUCUUAUCAACUUGACUUAUUAUUUAAAUUUAUCACAAAUUGUGGAUGUUUUACAGGAGAAAUGUGAAAACAAGGCUGUUUCUAUCGCUGCUUACCCUCUCUUGCAGGUUUCAGGCAUUAAAAAUUACAAUGUCAAAAUCAGCUGAUGUUCUUGUUUGCCUUUAAAUAUAAACAGGCAUACAUAUGAAUUCCAGUCUCAUUUGUAGAAAAAGUGAAGUUGGAGUUGGAGUGACAACUUUCUAAUAAGUACAUCAUGAAAAAUAACAGCUCGACAUGCAGAACCGACAAAAAAGAGAAAAAGGGUGAAAGGAUCAGAGCUAUAAGAUCUGGCUCACUCCAAAAACAGUCAUAAUUCUCACCGCUAAUAAAAAAUCCAGAUCCAGUGAAGCCCCACCGAGGACACCAUCUGGAUUUUGUUUGUUUUGGCAGGGUUUGGAGGAAAAUUACACACAGAAAAAAAAAACCUGGAGAGAAAAAGCUCACUGGUGAGAAUAGAGAUGAUAAAUCUUACAGGCAAACAGCCAAAACCUCCCUUUUUGUCCUGCACACAAACACACCACAAGUGUUUCCUACUGCCCAUAACAAUAGAAACCCUGAUAACAGCUGCCACAGAAAGUGUGACCAGACAGGUUUCAACACUGGGUCCUGUACACGGAUAGGUUUGUAUGUGUUAGCCUGCAUGCAAAGGACUACCCUGGUCACAUCGAGGUCAGCGAAAAGAAGGAAAAUACAUGCAAAUCACAGCUGGAGUUUGAUGACCUUGGUUGUGUUUAUGUCUGUGCAGGUGGAGGAGGGCGGGAAGGCGGAUAGGUUGGAGCAGCCGCUGCGGGUGGGCGAUGAGAUUAUCGUCAUUAAUGAGGUGGAGCUGACCGGAUACAGACAGGAGGCCAUCGCUUUGGUUAAAGGAUCCUACAAGACGCUGCAGCUCACCGUGCGCAGGUACAGACAGACUGUGUGUGUCUGUGUGUGUGUGUGUGUGUGUGUGAUAGCAGAAACUUUGACUUUGAAUGACCUUUUCAACCCUCCUCCACCACAGCGCCGUCUUUGAUACUGUAUCUGAUUUUACCAGAGUCAUAUAUUAAUUAUUAAUACUGUCUUUUAUUGCCUGCUCUGCUUUGUACUGUGAGGAUCUUUGCCGCUGCUCUCCCUACAUGUAUGUACAAUUGAAGGGGAGGUGUGCUCUCCCCGCCUCAGGCAUUGUCUGUCCGUGCAUGUCUUUGAUAUUGUUUCUGAUUUUACCAGGGUCAUAUAUCAGUACUGUAUUUUAUUGCCUGCUCUGAUCUGUACUGUGGGAAUCUUUGCUGCUGCUCUCCCUACACGUUUGUACAAAUGAAGGGGAGGUGUGCUCUCCCCGCCUCAGGCAUUGUCCUUCCAUGCACACACAUGGAAGGCAGGGAGCUCUCAGGACAAAACUAUACCACUAAAUGUAUCUUCAGAUGAUUACUUUUUGACACAAGUGAUCUUGUCUGAACUGUCCUAAUAAUAUCCUAAACUAAUCUUCUGUUCUACAUGCUAUGUCAGUGAUUGUUUCUGCUUCUGUGUGACUGUCUGUGUGCUUGAAGGGGUGCACGACCAUCGGGGAAUAUUUUGGUUUUUGUGGUAAUGAAGGUCGUGUUUCACUCAGUUUUCAGUCAGUCUUGACCCCCAUGUCUCAGUUAAAGGAGACAUUUGUGCUUUGUUAAUGGUGAGUGUGUUAUCCAUGGAGGGUCCAGACAGCUUGACCCUUUUUGUUGAGAAGCAGCUGCUUUUGAAAAGUCCCUGAAAUCUUGAAAAGUCUCUGGUAAAAGAGUUCUGAUCACCUAUUUAAAGAGUCGAAGUCCAGAGGUUUUUACGACAACUAUUUAGUCUUGUUAUGUUCAUUGUUCUCAGCCAAUCAAAGCUCCCUAGAAUGACUUUUCUUUAUCAUUUUGAAACGUCGUCCGCUGUUGUCAUGUGAGCUGGUGUUCAUGAUCUUCUCUACACUCAGUAUGAAUGACCGACAUAAACUACAGCUUCAGAUUUCCCCACUUUCUUUGCUUCCUUGAGUUGGUGUAAUCUGUAACUGGUCUAGAUUAUAUCCUGGUUCAGAGUCCAAAUCAGAGCUGGUAGUCUUGAAUAAACACAGACAGAAAACACCGCUCAUUACCGUGAUCACUGCUGCUGUAGCUGACGAGUAUUACUGUGAUAUGAAGACAAUAAAGCUGUAAAGUGAACUUCAAAGUAUUGAAUGACCUUUUUCAAUUAAUGUCUUGACAUGCUAUAAGGUUUUGUGUAAUUGUGCAUAAAACAUCUUAUCCGAAUUUGUAAAAACUGCCAAACUGGGUAUUAAGAAACUUGAUUUUGCCACAUGGCGAACUUAUACAGAAAAGGGGAUACUGUGGCAUGUAUAUGCAUUACCUCAGUUUCUCACUGCUGCCAACAACUUGUGCAGGUGCCACCUCAGUUAAGUGACAAAUUACCAAAACAAACAUGGCGGCAACAACACCAAUGUUUUCCCUCUGGAGCGACAAAACAGCUGAGAAUCCUCACCUGAUGCUCCCUUGUCCUUCACAGUGGUAGUGACAGGCUGAUAACAGUCAGAGUUGAGGAUAUGUUUGAUAUUUUUCAGUGCUCUUUGAUCCAGCUGCUAGGAAUGAGAUGAGAGUUAACUGUCAUGGAAGUUUUUUCCAUUGCUGCUAGUAAAGAAUGAAAUAGAGACUUCCGCCGGCCGACAAGGUUUUAUAGUCUUUGCAAAGAAAAGGUCAAUCUGCAUCCGAGCGGUCAGAAUCAAGAAAGACCCAGAAGAUGGGGAAACCUGAACAUUUAUGCUUGAGGACCGCCCCUCAGAGGGCAAGUUUUCUGUGGGGACCGUCACUUCACCCCCCUGGGGUGGUGGUGGGGAUGCUUCACACCUGGAGUAUCCUGCAGGAUGUUGUAUCUUGCUGGGAAAUUAGGGAAGUCUAGACAUCAUAAUUAACUGAUAUGUUGGUAGGAAAGUCUGUUGUGGGGGGCACCUCAAGCAGUUCUAACAAAGAUAUUAAAAUCACAAUUACAUACCAAAACUGCAACUCUUCACGCUGGUUUACAAUCGUACAAACCCUACAAUAAGCCACAGUUGUCCAAUUUUCUCAGAUUUCAAAAUUGCUACGGUUUGUGUUGUGAAAAUAAAUAUCAUAGGUACAAAUAAGGUGCAGUAAUCAAAGGUCAGGAUACAAGUAUUAAUCAAUUUGUGCUGCUCAAGUCACAAAUUUAGAAUUGUCUGGGUGUAAAUACGACCAGGGAUGGUGCAACAAGUACCAGAACUCCACAACAACACUUGACUGUUACUAUAAUUGGACAUUUGCUAAAAAUAAAGCAGCAGAUCUGAGGUGAAUUUCUAUUCUUUCUACACUUCAGCCACCAACUGAAGCUCCACCCAUCACCCCUUCUUCUGCAGCGCCCUCAAUAAUAAGGUGAAUAAGAGGAAUAGUUGGUUUUGUCAGUUUUGUGUCAGAUUGGUGUCACCAGCAUGCUAGCUGACAUUCCAAUGCCGUGCUACUUCAUCAGACUCAUAAAUGUUUCCUUCUGUGUUCACUGGAGGUUGAACAUUAGUUGACCUCCGCUCAGGUGUGUUUUGCGGAUGUCAGCCAUCAUCUCUGUGGGUUUUCAGGUUGAUUUCCCCGUCAGAUACAAAGCCAGGUAUGUGUUUGUACUUCGGGUGUGACUGGAAGCAAAGCUGCUGCUGCUGCUGCCUCUGCCUCUUUUAUUCACUGGCGUGUUUGAGACGUGAAACAAUGCAGGACUUUAGACUUUAGACACAAACACUCACAGACCGGGGGGACAGGUGUAAGAGCACACAUGGCAUUAUGGGAAGGCGUGGCAAGGGGGAAGGCGUGAGAAUUUAUUCUUCCAGACAGUAGCGGCGUGUUUUUGUCUGAUCAGCUUCCUGCAGGGAUUUGAUGCUGCCUUCAGGUCUGUCUGAUUUUAGUCGUAGAAGUGAUUUUUAUCAUGGUUUGCUAAUUAGGAGAGCGUGUUUGUUCUGUUUGGCUUGUAAUGAGGCGGUCCACAGUGAGCUUUGGUUUGCACACUGUGUUCAUGUUCAGUGGACUGUGCAGGAGGUUAAACUUGCAUACCUGGGUUGAUUUCACCUUUGGACUGUGUGCUGUUAUUAGACUCUAUUUCCCAGAGGCCCUGGCAGCUAUAUAAGAAAAAUAAAGCUCUGCCAAAAGCUUUAAAUGCUGCUCAACAGUGUGAUGUUAACCUUGUGUCAUGGCAACAUAUAACCCCUGUUUUGAACCAUGUUUCAAUCAUUCAAAAGCUGACUUUUUGUUCAAUAUAUACACUGUAUUUUAGACAGUCCUGUGCAGAGGAGCAUGGACACUAAGGCCAGUAUUGGUGUCCUGACACACCUAACCCAUACAAAUACAAUAAAAUAAGGAUUUUGAAGUUUAUAUAAUGGCCCUUGUGUCAGUGGACCUUAUGUGAUUCCUUCUCAUGCAGCCCCGCAGGAGCUGCAUUUGUCAAUCAUGGUUUAGGACCCAUUUUAUAGCAUUAAAAUAUUCAUUAGAGUUCAAUUUUGCAGAAAGGAAUGUGCACUUAGGGUGCUUAUGAGGCUACUAAUUUCCUUAUUCAAACAGAAAUUGAAAUUGCAACCAGCUGACUUAUCUAAAGGUAAUAUGUUCAAAAUUUACUAAACACAGCCAAACAAAUGACUAGCAGUCAUCUAUCUUUGGUCUAAGAAAAAUUACUUUUAUAUUUUUACCUAGCAACAGUCUGAAGGGCUUGGCUUAUAGUGGUAGCUAAAACUAGAACACUAGCUACAAUGAUAUUUUGUCCCUGGUUGGUAGACAGGCAUAUUACUUCUGAGCCAUCUAAGUUCUGUGAAGUAAAACAUGCGACUCAAAGUAGCAGUGUGCUGUAAUACUUUGAUUUAAAGUCUGACUCAUGUUCCAUCUGUUAACAUUAUAAAGCAGGCUUUACACACAUACUGCAUCGAGUCAAGAGGAGAAGCUCCAAAUGUUUUGGCCUUGCCGUUGAGGAGCUGUCACAUCAUUUAUCUUUUUACACAGUGUGAGGUCAUUGCUCUGCCAACUCUUCACUCCUCACUUUCACAAACUUCACUCCCCCUCAUCAAAUCUCCUCAGUGAAUCAGCAGCACUAACAGCCUCUCAGGGACAAUAAAGAUUUAUUGAAUGAACGGAUGAUUAUUGCAGCACAUGGCCAAAGUCUGCAUGUGUGAAUGCAUAUGUGUGUGUGUGUGUGUGUAUGUAUGUAUGUGUGUGUGCUAGAGAAUACUGUAUUUACAACCAGCAAUAAAAGUGUGACGAAGUGGUUGAAUUUGUGUUAUUUGUGCAGGUGGUAGGUGCUUUUAUAGUCUGUGUGUGUGUGUGUGUGUGUGUGUGUGUGUGUGUGUGUGUGUGUGUGUGUGUGUGUGUGUGUGUGUGUGUGUCCAUCUCGUCAUAAAGAUGUGCGUGUGAAGUUGACACCAAACACACCUGACUGACUCUCUCACCUCACCGGUCUGUCUGACUCUCUCUCUCUCCCUCUCCUCCAUACCUGCUGUUCCACUCCGAUUGGUCUAUUCAGGUGAGCUCUGAUUGGCUGAGAACAGACAGGUAAAGAGUUACAGAGACUCACAGACACAGACACACACAGAAGGAAGAAACAGAUGUUGAACGAUGCCAUCAGUCGACUCACAACAAGCUGAAAACCAAGCCGAGUGUUUUCCGACCAGCUGUCUGUCAGAGCUGUAAGUCUGAGCAUGUGUGUGUUGGUGUGUGUUGGUGUGUGUUCUGAGUCUGUCAUGGAUUUUGUGUGUUAAUUAUUGAAAUAUGACACUACUGACCCAUUUUUGGAUCAUUCUCUAAUUAAGAUGGGUGUGUUUUGAUAAUAUUUUGUGACUCAUUAUGUGACUUACAUGAUACCUUACUUUUCUGGGACUUUAUCUAUGUCUAAGUUUUAUAAUAAUGCUGUCAGAACUGGCUUAGAUCUUUAGUAUACAUUGUAAAAAUAAGGCAUUAUCUUUCAAUAUAUUGCAGAAAGUAUUCCAUGUUAGUGUAAUAUAGCCAGAAAUUAUUGAUAUCAACUCCUGAAUCCAGUUUUAGAAAUGAUUUUAGCAUAGGAUUUGAGAGUGUUGCAAAUGUCAUGUGUUUUUCUAGAUGAUUCUGAACAGUAGCUCUUCUUCAGGACGUAUUUCAGGCUCCAUCAGGUCACGCCCCGUGAGGCUGCAGGGCUUGUUUGAAUUAAAAAUUCAAAAGGCAUCGACCUGUGAGGAAUGCAGUUUGUGACGUGUACAGCUAUAAAGAGAGACAAGAAUAUGAAGAGUGAAUCUAAAGGUGACAGAUGAGACUUUUCUGAGCUUUUUGUUGUCUGAGAUGUUUUGACAAUUCAGGUUAGAGCAUGAAAAAUAGUCCAGGGGGGAAAGCAGUGGAACACAUUUCAGGACCAUCAGCAGUCUUCUCAGGACAAGCUACCCUCAAACACACCAUGCAUUUUAGAGCUGAUUACAGUGGGUUUGAAGACGUGGUCUCAAGGUGGUUUGGGGGCUUUCUGUGAGAGGAUCAGACAGUAGAUAGUACAGAAGAAAACUUGUAUGAAAAGGUGCUGAAUAACUUUGGGGGAGGGUCUGUAGGUUGGAUUUGAGCCAAGCCCACCCACUCUGAGCCGCUGUACUUAAAAGCUUACUACUAAACUAUUGAGCUAAACUGACAUCCCUGUUUGCUGCAUUUCAAGUCUCAAGAGGCUGUCAACAAUAGCUGACAGACAAAUGACAAAAUCUGAGGCAGGUUAUCCUGUAAUAGUUCUUAGAAAAACUACCUGCCAUGGGGUAGCAGUUGCCCCUCAGGGUGCAAAAAUCUUGUCAAACUGUAGUCGCCGGUUGUCACUUAUAAAGGUAAACCUGUACGGUUCAGCGAACGAGUUCAGGUGCUCGUUCGAGUUGUUUUUUGACUUUAGUUCCUAUGACUGACAAGAACCUGGUACCAAUUGGUGGAGCAAAAGUUAGGGCCUGUGUCCACUGAUGUUCUUUUUGUUUUUGACCAGCAGCCCUCAUAGCCUCAAUUUCUGAACAUUUUUCACCAUUGCAUAUAAUAAUGUGAAAACAGGGUAAUUUUUGUGACGUUGAGUUUUGUUGAUUAAUGUACAAGUAUUAUUAUUAUUAUUAUUAUCAUUUUCAUGAUUUGCUUUUAAGGUGUCUUAUUUGUAACUCCAAUGAUGGCUUUAUAUGGAAUUGAAUAGUUGGGUCAUGAACCUAAUACCAAUUUGGAUCACACUGAGUAUAAAGUGUUUACAUGAACAGGGAAAUCUAGUCCUUUUUAUGUCCUUAUGCAUGAUAAAUAGGGACAGAGAGUAAGGUUUGUCAAAGACUGCUGAAGAAAUUUUAUGUUCAGAUGAGAUUUCCAGUCCCAUUUUACAGAAUUUGCGUCUGAAAUUACUAUUAUAUGCAUCUAAGUCACUCAUGAAACAGAACAGAAAAAUAAGUUUUAAUAAUGUGAUCUGCAACAUGCCAGUCACUCUCCAGAGGUGACUGUUGCGCCUCUUUUGCUUCAAGCAUCAUCAGGUAUUGAACAGCUGUGUCUGCAUAUGUAAAUGCUUGGGCCUCAGAGCCAGAAUUUUGCAGCCAAACGAUGACUGUAUGUCCUUUUUCACUGCUGACAUGCAUAAUUUCAAACAUUAUUUUACAAUUUUCUGUACUUCUCCAAAAAAUGAUGCCCAGCACCGACUCAGUCAUGCCCACAAAUGGAGUUUCUAUCAUUUAUCCUACUGCAAACAGCUUUAAUGGUGGUGAACACAUGAGGACUGGUGGCAGGGCAAAGUUUUAUUAAUGAACUUCCUUAUUGUGAGUGUGUGUGAGUGUUUCUGACAGUGUGUGUGUUACCGCUGCAGCAUGUGUGAAGCGAGCGUUUUAUUGAUACCUGACACUUGUGGCUUAUGUGUAAGGUAAGACUAUCACCGCACACCUGUGCUCUGUGUGUGUGUGUGUGUAUGUUAAUGAGUCGGUGUGUGUCAAAGUGUAGGUUUUGAUGUGUAAAUAAGGAAGCUGGAGGGUUUGAGUGUGUAACAUUUUUGUAAUACUUCUUUCCUAUUAUUGUAUUCAUUAGUUAAAUGACUCUGUUUCACUCCGCAGCUGUUUUUCAGUGUUUCCCCUUCCUCUCUAAUCCUCAUUAAGCAGCAGUCUGCACUUCAGUGGUGUUGGCUUACACAUGAGAGUUUUUGUUUUCCCCCAGGCUCAACAACAAAACCACAGUUGUGAUGGACCUGACAAGAGUGCAAGCCUCAUUUUUAGAGUGUUUUCAUAACUGUACAAAGUCCUUAUGCACCGCUGGGUUGCAUUCUUGAUAGAGGGUUUAAAAGUUCAACACAGAAGAAGUUUAAAAUGCUUAAAUGAACUAUUUCGAGUCAAGCUCUGCUUGCCUAAAGUUGACUAAUGAUAGUGGCAGUCACAUGGAGGAGAACAAGAACAGGACCUGUCUUUUGGUGUCUGAUAUUUGAGGCUGCAGGCUGUACUAGUGUAGUUUAGACACUUGGCUGUAAAAGCUGAACUGAUACAAGUUUUCAUCAGGCUCUGUGGUUUGAUGCUCAGACUUUUCUGGUCUGUGUCGCUCUGUCAAGAUUCAUAUGUUGAGAGCUGGACUCUUUAAGUUAUUCUCAGUAUGUGAAUUGUUGUUGAUAUUUCUUCAUACGUUUGAUAGUUUUAAUUUAUCAAAUAGGCAGCUGGGCAUGUGUGACACUAGGGUCCUACAAAUGACCUUGAUAUCGUAACAUUUUGAACUGUAUCAUAUCAUAUAUUGUGUUGUGUCAUGCCACGUCGUAUUGUGUCUUGUGUUGUGUUAUAUAUCGUAUCCUGUUGUGUUGUAUCCUAUUGUGUUGUGUUGUGUCGCAUCAUACUGUGUCGUGUUGUGUCGUAUCCUGUCAUCAUCCUAUCCUAUCCCAAAGUAGAGUAUCCCACCAUUUUUAAUGACAUGCUAUGAUGUGAUCUGGUAUGUUAUUUCCAAUCAUAUCAUAUUGUAUCAUUCAGUACAAAGUCAUAACAUAGAUAAUCAUAUUGUAUGUUAAUCCAUUUUAUAGCUUGUCAUUGUCAUCUGGAUCCUUUUGUGUCAUAAAAUAUGUUUCAUAAAUAUAUGUCAUAUUGUAUCUUUAUGCAUCAUACUGUAUUCCUAUCACAUUAUAGCAUAUCUUAUUUUACUGUAUUAUGUUGUACAAAACCUGUAAUAUGGAAUCAUGCACCUUAAACAACACUUAAUAGAUAAACUAAAAGGUGUGUGUCAAAGUAGAGUUAUUCAGGUUUUAGUUUUAACUCCUAUUCCUAAAAGGACUGAUUUCAACACCCUACCAAAGGCUGUUUUUUAUGAAAAGGCUUAAAGAAUUUUGACUCCUCUUCACAUCUUAAGCCUGAACAGUUGGUCAAGACUGGCUGUGUUAAAGUGCAUCCAGUCAUAGCACUGCACCUCCUGUGGUUGAGAUGGUGUCCCUGCUCCUGAUGUAAAUUUAAAGAAACAGAAGCAGCAUUAGACCACUGCGCUCCUUGAAUGCAACAGUGAUUUGUGUUAUAAAUGAAUCGAGCUGGCUGACAGGCGGCAUCUGGAGGUUUUACGGCGAGAGUGGUCUUGUGCAUAUAAACUACACCGCCAUAAUGCAGAGGUGUGUGUGUUUUUCAGGCUGCUUGUGUUUGUCCUGUCAGCGUGAACACACUCUGCCGUCAGCCAGUCAGUAUAUUGUUGAGCAGGUUUGGUGGCCGUCCUUCACUCUGUAUUUGCAUGUGCUUUCUUUGGUUGGUUGGUUUGACUCAGACUGAAUGCAAAUCUGGAUAAAACAACACCUCUCCUUUUAUUCAGUCCUCAUGUUCAGGCACAGAUUUGGCCCCAACUCAAGAGAUAAAUCUCACAGACAGUUAAAUGCUUAUCUUACAUUUACCCUAGGUGAGUUUGUAGGCAAACAGUUGGGGAUUUUGGUGGGAUUAAAUGACCCCUGAUAGAGGAAAUUACAUAUUAAUCUUUCCUAUAAAUAAAAUACUGUAUGAAUGGCUUUAGAGAAAACAGAAAAAAAGAACAGACCACUCUCCUAGUCUGAGGCUUUUCUCCAAAUCCUGCCACCCGGCUGCAGGGAUUUGAUCCUAUUAUGACACAAUAGCAUUAGCAGCGACCUAGACCAAACAUCCCUGUGUUAAAUCAACACUUUUUGGGCUUCUGUUUAAGAGCUGAGUUGUGUAAUGGAAUACAGUCAGAGACGUCUAGUAGGCCUAACAGAUGAACUUGCACAAAGCGAAGACUGUUAGUCUGGCAUAGCAGCCACGAUGUCACCAACGAGGUUGAGAGAUCAUGUUUUAGAGGCUGGCAAAGAUGGAAGCUUUUAUUUGUGUUUUUAACGCCAGUUCAAGCUACAAGACAUAUCACCUUCAGUAUGAAAUCACGACUUCCAUAUUUGCAUUUUUCCUGUGAAAGAGUUUGCAGCAGUUUAACAAAAUGAACUGAAGGACUAAAAACAUCAGUCCAGGGGUUCAACAGCUCUAGGUAUAUUCAAAAGAGGCUUAUUCCUUAUUUACAAUUAGGGUCAAACACACCAUAAUACCGAGUUAGAUACACCCUCAUGUUGCAGACCGCUUGCUUCUCUAGUUAUACCAACUAGUUAUACUAUGGCCCCAGCCACAGCACGAGCCACCAAACAUCUUUUUAACUUUGCCUAAUUUCUUUAGCAAAGAGACUAAACACAACUCACCUACUCUCUUCCAGCAGCCGCCUGUUUGUAGCCAGACCUCGGGCCAGUUCAUUACGGACUGCUGCGGGGUGACUCAGCUCAAGGAAGAACAUUUACGAUCAUUUCUUCAUCAUUUCCUUGACGUAAUAAUCACAUGUCGACGCGGUAGUUCUUCUGCCUUAGCGUCUCGGUCUGAUUGCAUUUCCAUUAACCAUGGACUGGCACAAGGUCUCGCUACAAACGAGCGGCUGCUGGAAGAGAGUAGGUGAGUUGUGUUUUGUCUCUUUGCUAAAGAAGUUAGGCAAAGUUAAAAAGAUGUUUGGUGGCUAGUGCUAUGGCUGGGACCCUAUAUGUACUGUUGAUGGAGUUAGGUUUUGUUCUGAGCAUUGGGUCUCUGUGUAUUGCUAUCUGCAGUCGUUACUAAAGUUGGUAUGACUAGAGAAGCAAGCGGUCAGCAACAAUCAUCUCUCGAGGGGGUGUCUAACUCGGUGUUAUGGUGUGUUUGACCCUAACUUAAUUUUACGCCGGAAUAUCCCUUUAAGAUCUAGACUUAAGUUAUGACCAGGAAUGCAAACCCAGAGCACUUGUCAUGAUUGAUCUUUGGAAAUAUUAACGAUCAAGAAUCAAUUUCUUCAAAAAAAGAAACUCAGUGUGGACUUGGCACCCAAAAUUUAUUCAUACAGACCUGGUGCAACAGGCCCCGGGUUUCCUUGCCCAGCAGUGUUCCCCUCCUCCUGAAAAAGCCAAUAACAAUUCUCUCUGUUAUACAGUUAGGCACUUCAACAUGGAGCCCAAGUGGAGUGACUCAUUUAUGGACCAAGCCUCAAGUGGCCACUCAAGGAACUACAGUCAUUGGUGCCCAGAUGCUGUUUUUGGCUGACUAUUUUGUUCUUUUCUUUCGUGAGCUAAACUCCAAACUCAGGUAUCACUAAAAGUGAAUCAGACAGCAGGGAGGUGAGAGAGUUGAGUCACAGCGUCUGUAAGAAGGUCAUGCAGCAUACCAGCACUGUUUCAGCUGUGUGUCACUGAGCGUGUGAGUGAGAGAGAGACAUUGUUUGUAGGCCACAAAAACAUGUUUUAUCUAGUAGGAUUUGGUCAGGCUUUUUUCCUGGACAAAUUUGGUGAUAAUUAAAGGGGGGAAGGAUGAAAAGGAAAGCCUGAUUGGUGACAAAUAAAGGUGGAGAGGAAUUUUAACUCUACAGACUUGUAGCCAGUUUUAAUUACAGCGGCACAUUUGUCUGCCUCCCUCCUCCUCUCUCACUCUCUCUGUCUUUGUCUUCUUCCAUUCAUCUCCGCUGACUCUCUGUCUUUGUGCUCUUUUGUUGCUGGUUGACGUAAUCGAGCUUAAUCAAUGUUUGAGUUUCUGUGCUCAAAAAAGAACAGGAAGAAGUCAUUACAGGGAUAAAACCGUCUCCCCGGCAACUGACGGUCUCUGUGUGGGUCUUUACAGCACUGUUGGGGUACAGACACGUUCACACUUUGACCUUAGAGACUUAUCUGUCUACACCACAGUCAGAAACAAAUAUAAUUUAGAUGACGGCACGGAAAGUCAACCUGAAAAAUACUGAGGUUUUCCAAAAAUAUUAUCUUCGUAAAAAUUUCCAGCACAUCAGGAUUAAAGUGAUGAAGGUUUCAUGGCGAAUCCUUCCCUAGGGGCUAGAAAUGAAGGUCCUUAUCAAGGUUGUGACAUCUCCUGUUGGUUUAAAUGCAAUAAUAAUGACAAACUUUUCCUUCUCACAACAAACACAACAUUUAUUUCUCCUUAAAUAGUUUCAAGGGACCAAUUUAAGACCCACUGAAUAACCACCAAGGCUUGAUCUCUGACCGGGUAAAGUGAGAGAACUGUGUCCUGUAAGUCCUAAUCCUGACCUACAGACAAAGUUAGUAGACUCGUCUUGAUCUGAACCUCCAUAUACUCCAAGUAUGAGGAGACACACCUGUACUGCAACGUGUUAACAGAUUUUGAUUAAGUCCAGCAGGGGGUUCAGCCAGGGGCCGGAGAAGACGUUGUUCCGUUUUGGUGCAGAUCCAGAAAUUCUUGAAGGAUUUGCAUUUUUUUUCUAAGGAGUUAUUGAACAGGGAAAAAUAAUCUCUACAGUAAUAACCUGAACCAACAACCGGCUAGCAUGUUACACACAAUGGUCACACUAAUUGAACAAUUAGUAGUUUUAAAGUGUUUAUAGAUAGAGGGGUUUAUGACUGCUUGUUUACAUUUGUUAAAAACUAAACCCAGAUAUUCAUAAAGAUGAUAACAUAUUCGUAAACCACCGAGCAGCAACUCCGGUCAUGAAUUUAGGAAUUGUUCUCCAAACUGUGUGUCAGGAUAAAACCAUAACGCCCAAAAUCUUUGCAUGGACAUCAGUUAUGCAAAGAUUUAAUGGAAAUAAACCAGGACUUAUUGGUGUUUCUUUACCAAAGAUUCAAUUAAUUUCCUGUGAGACACUUUCAGAGAGUUUGGUUAUCAAAGGGUAACUCCAAAUCCGAUGUGUGUGAGAUUGAACCUGUUUUUUUGCAGGGAGAAAACCCAGGAGAGAAAGUUUUUUUUUGUUUGUUUUUAGCUGUUUUUGUUGUUGCCGUUGUUCUUAUUGUUUGAGAUGAAGAAAGAAGGAAGGGAUUGAGGUACAGACAUAAGUUGUAACGUUGUUUUUGGAUUCGGCAUAACAUAAGUUUUACUUUUCCCAUGGUUCCUUUAGCUUUUGUAGUCCCAGGGUGAAUGUGACAGGUUCCAAAAUAAAAAUUAUAUCCUAGCACUGACAUAAAAAGGAGGAAUGGUUCAACUAGUUUUAUUAAUUUAAUGUGAGCAGGGGCUGAUGUUUAAGAUUUGAAGGCGUCUCACUGAUCUCCUUUAGCUGACUGAUGCUGUUUCACUUCUGGAUUUCACAGUGACUACAUGAAACUUCUGAACUCAGGUGAGAGCAGUGUCAGGUGAAAGGUGCAGCAGUGUGUGUGCAUGUGCGUGCGUGCGUGUGUGUGUGUGUGUGUGUGUUUGUGAGAUGGAAAGUGGAAUGUGCCGACACUGUCCCUCCUGUUCAGGUGAUUUUCUGGGUGUUGUGGCUGCCACACAUUCCUCUGACCCGCUCGACAGGUUUCACUUUAAUGACUCUUUUUAUCUCUGCACCUGUUUUUCUCUGUGUGUGUAUGAGUGUGUGCGCGAGUGUUAGUGUGUAUGUGUGAGUGUGUGUCACAUAUUGUUGUUUGGAUGUAUUCUGUAUGAAGUCUUUUCUGAAUACUCAGCAGUGGAAUGUCCUCGGAUCAUAAUAUGACUCAGGGUGUGUUUUUGUGUGAGUGUGUGUUUUUGUAGGUUGUGUAUUGUUUUGUGUAUUCAUCUCCCUGUUUAAAAGGAUUGGAGCUUUAAAUGGCUCUGAUGGGUGGAGGGAGGAAACAGCUCCGACUUUAAAGCUUCUGUGGGGUGUUUGCUUUCCAAGACAAAAGUCGUCACUAAAAUCUUUUUAAUUCAGAUUAUUUUAUUAUUAGUGGAGCUGUUUUAUUAUGAUCACAUAAGUUUGAAAGAUCAUUUUUAUUGUAUUAUUGUGCCAUUAAAAUUGAAAACUAAUGUACUUCUGAACCCUGUUCUUCAAGUUAGUCUGACUUACUAUUAUCAGACUAUUUCAGCACAAUUUUUGAACUCAAAAUGCUAUCAUACAAUUGGUAAUGUGGUCAAAUAAAAAAAAGGUCUAUGCUGUGCGCUGACCAUGUGAUUUCAGGUUCAUGGGUUAAUUCAUGUGAAACUAGUAGCACUUUGUGGGAUAGAUUAGCAAACAUAAAUGUCUGUGUGUUUAAUGUCACCCGUUAAAGCACCUCUAUGUAACUUUCUGUUUUGUUUGAUUUUGCAUUGCCACCCACAAACCGAUCAAUCAAUUUGAUGUCAUUGCUGAUCUUGAUAAGCUGAUAUGUGAGCAGUUCUUGCAGGAAAAAACAAACAAACAAUAUUGCAGAAAAUGAUGAAUGAGGCGGUAGCAUAACAUUUCACAAAUUGGAAAGAUAUCUCAAACCUUUAGCACAAAAAAUCAAGGAAAGUCAAAGAGUUUUCCUGUGCAGCAUGCAUGAGCACAAUAGUUAAAGAAUAGAAAAGUGAGAAAAAGUGAUGUUAUUUUUACUUUUGUAUGUCACUGGAUAUGUCGUAGGGCUGAAACAGUACACGAAAUUCAGAGUUGGCACAUACCUUGGUCUAAAACCACUGUUUGGUUAAUUUUUGAUUCAGUAAGGGAAUCACAAGAGCUGCUGCAGAUGCCUCAGAUAAGUUCUUGUUAGCACAACAGCAGCUCUUGUUUGUUUAUAUGGGGCUGGUAUGUCUCUAUUAAUAAAAUAUGGAUGAAGGGUAAAGUUUAAAUCGUGGCUCUAUCACCUUUGACGUGAGUAAAUCCUCUGUCAAUCAACAUCUGUAUACAGUCGUAGAUCUGCUGCCAUAAAAGCACCAAUAGUGUUUGUUAUCUCUGUCACCUGCUCUGAUUUUCCAGGUAAAGGUUGUUUAAAUACCAGAGACAGCUGAGUUUGAGUUUUCUUCGUGUGGCGCUAAUGUUAACGUGCGUGUGGUGCUGCUUCAAAUGUGUUAACAAGUCUGACGUAUUGCUAGAAACGUACCAACUGCUGCUGGAACUAUGUCUGCAUCAAACAGCUUUGGUCUUGUCCAUGUGUCUUUGUCCAUUGUUAUGUUUCACAUGGAAACCUUAGUGUUCCCGCAUAGGAGACCACAUAGUGUCAGUGGGGGAUCUUCUAGCUAUUUCUUGUUGUUUUUGUGCCGGCUGCCAUGACAGGAAAAGUAUGUUCUGUGUGUGGUCUGCUUCUGUCCGUGUGGGAACUCAGAUUUCAUGUACGUUUCCUCACACACUCAAACCUACUUGUGAAUGUUAACUACUGACUGUAGCUAAAGAGUAGUUUGGGUCACACAUCUCUAUCCAAACACAACCAGAGUUGACCUGAACCUGACAGCCGGUCCUUUGUGUUUUGCUUGGACUUGACCUGAACCUUCCCAAGCAAUGAAAUUAUAAAAAGCGAUUUAUUAAAGUAAACUGUUUAAUAAUAAAAUAGUCUAGUUUCUGGGGAGAUAUUUAGUUUUGUUUGUGGUUCGUUAAGUGGAAAAAUUUGGGACACCUGCUUUUGUAUGAUUUUGUAAUGAUGCCAAGUUCAUGUGAAUUAUACAUGUCUGUAUCUGGGAUGGUGUAUCUGUUUGUACACACUACAUGCUGUCUGUAAACUAAAAGAGGCUUCAUAUGGAUCCUUCAUACUUUCCAGAGUGUGUGACCUCCAAACCCUGACCUUUGAACUGUAAAAACCCCACUCUUGAGGCCACAGCCGUGUGCAGUGUUUGAUCACUCGGUUGCCAAAUCAUGAAGUUGAUGUCAUAAGAGAAACAGACAUGUUGACAGUCCUGUUCAAACCAGUCAGACCUGAGCAUACCUGCUUGGUUUAUUUUGGCAGCCAUGCGGUAAUUUUGAAGGUGUGAUAGUUGAAGAUUAGCCAAUUUGUUCUGGGCCAAAAGAUCAUUUAGGGAAAAAACCCACGAUGAGCUGUUACAGAGACAUCUCUGAGUCUGACUUUUAAACAAAACUCCAGGUACCACAGUGAGUUGAAGGAGAAUUUCUCAUCAGGGUAAUGAUUUAUUUUCUCCAUCUCCACAGGGAGUUGGAUCCAGGAUACAUCGAGUUUGACACUCCAUGUUCCUCUCCUCCUGCUCUUCCUCCUCCUUCUCCUCCUCCUCUGUCAUCUCUUUCAUGCCCGUCAACACCACAACAAACACCUUCACCAUCCAACCACAGUAGACCAUGUUCAGCUGGAGGAGUCCAACUACGAAUCAAAAACAGGUAGGCGAGAACUCACACUCCCCUGAACCUAAACCUCUCUCAUAUAGAAGUGGUCCAGUCAUUUUUUCAGACAGGAGUGAAUAAAUCCUGCAUUUCCAAAGUCCUGUCUCGAACAAUAACAUGAUGACAUGACCCCAAAUUCAUUAUCAAUUGAAACUAACACAUAAAGAAGACUGUUAUAGAAAAUUUUGGCUGGGGUGACACCCUGCUUGUGUGGAUCUAAAGCUGACAAGCUAGCUUCACACUGGUUGUUGUUGGCUGGAUGAGGCCCUUCACACUGGUUUUAGUAGUCUGACUUUAUGUUCUGUACUGCAGCCAGUCAGCAGAGGGAGCUCUAAAUGUUUUGGCUUCAGUUCUGGGGAGAUAUCAUGCCACCCAUCCUUUCUAUACAGCCUGCGGUCUGCCUCCUUUUUUUGUAAGUGGCUUCAUGAGUCUCUCUCUUCAGAUGUGGUUGCUGUGGCGGUGUUUCUGACUGGGAUGUCCUGUGUGUGCAUAAAUUCUCUUUGUUUUUCUAACCUUUGGAUGGUCCAACAUCCCGCUGGUUAACUCAGGAAGUGAUGUCAUUUCAGUGACAGGUUUGCAGCAGUCAACAGAGGAGGUUAUCACCCUUGUGUUAGGAUGUCCUGCCUCUGUUUCCUCUGAGUGUGUGUGUGUGAGAGAGUUUUGAGUGUGUUCAGGGGAUUUAUUAUAGACUUAGGGUUCAAACUCAGAUCAACAGGAAAACCACAGCACAAACACACUCUGCUCAGGUUGCUGCGUAACAACACCAUCAUGUUUCCUGUGUCUUCAUCAGCUUUGCAUGCGACAUUUAAAGUAGAUUUCAUAUCCAGCCUGAACUUUGUAAGAGAAAAUUAGGUGUUUGUUAUUUUUUUUAGUCCUAAAUUUAGCUUCCACAUUUUUGACUCAGUUUUUCUUGAAGCUGCGAUUUGUGUUGCCAUUUUUGCUAAUUCUGGUGUUGGCUAUGAUUUCAAAGAACCUCCACACUUAUGAGGACCUCUUUGUUUUAGAUGAUGUGACAUUUUUCCAGAAGUGUAAGACAAACAAAAAGGCCAGUAUAAACACCUCAGGAAAGUAGCGUAGUAUUGUACAAGUUUGAAUUGGUAGAGGCUUAUUGAGAUAAUUUCAUAAACCAAUCAAAACCUUUUAUUCUAAUACCAUCAUCUUUAUUGUUUAAGCAUGGUGGUUUACACAGUUGUGAAACUUUGCUGGAUAAUAACAAAAUCUAAUCAUUUAAGGUAGGUGUGGGAUGAAAUAAAGGUUGCUUGCAGGUCAUCACCGACUAUACAACAUGAUAUAAUACAAUAAGAUUCAAUAUGAUACGACGCAACAUGAUGUGAUCUGAUAUGAUACAAUAGGAUACGACAGAACAGGACACAGUAUGAUAAGAUAACAUACAAUACAAGACAGUGCGUUAUGGUACAAUACAAUACAAUACAAUACAGGGUGGGAUUAUAUGAUAAGAUACAAUAAGAUAUGACUAAUAACAAUACCAUACAGUACUUAAGGCUUUUAUAUGAUUCACAUUAUAAAUAGAUAAGAUAAUAUGAUACUAUUUAAUAUAAUACAAUAAGAAGGAUAUAGGUCCAUAUGACAACACUGGAUAUGAUACUCCGUGGUAUGAUGCCAUGUAACACCACACAAUACUAUCUUAUAUACUCAUCAAUAUGAUGCAGAACUAUACAACACUAUAGGCAAUGUUUAUGAUACAGUACAUAGCAAUGAUAUGAGAGGCAGUAUGAUAGGAGAGGAUAUUAUUCAAUACAAUACAAUAUUAUGUGAUAGAAUAAAAUAUAUGAUGCACUAGGAUGCAGUCUCACAAUGUCAAAUCAAAUAGGAUGUAACAUGAAGCAACUUGAUGCAGUGUGGUAUGAUGCAAUAUGAUACAACACUGUAAAAUACCAUAUUAUGAUACCACAUGAUAUAAUAUGGUUAAUGCAAAGGGAUAAGAUAAGAUGAGCUCCCAUAUGAUAUGAUAUGAUACCAUGCAGUACAGUGUAAAGUAGCACUAUUCAGAAUUAUACAACAUGAUACAGCAUGCAGUACAAUGUGAUGCAGUACAAUACGAUAUUAUACAGGACAAUGCAGAUACAAUAUCAUGUAAUUUGAUGUAAUAUGAUACAUUACAGUACAGUACAAAAAGAUGUAAUAUGUUAAGCUGGUCAGUAAUUUUUCCUAGAUUUGUGCGCUAUAUAUUCAGCUGCCUAUACACUAAUAUUAUUUAACAGAAGGACAGCUACAAACAACAUAUAUAGCUAUAUUGCACAUUACCAAUUUUGCCUUAUUUCUGCAUAAUUCACAACAUAGAUAGAUUGCUCAUGUAAAAGCCGACUCCACUGUUUGUUGUCAUUUUGUUUGUAUGGAGUAAAGUAUGUUGGAGUGAUAGUGAGCACCAGUUUGUGAUGGAUGAUGUGAUGAACGAUAAAAUAUUUAAAUACCUUCUCAUGGAAAACCAAACCCAAGGAUGAUUAAAUGUUAUGUUGUCACUUGCUAACAAACCAGGCCUGGUCUAACUCGGUCUGCUCGGACAGAAAACAGCCAAAUACUGAAGCUCUGAACAGCAAGAUUCAUCCUAAUAUGGAGGUCAAGCGCUGGAAAUGUUCUGUGGUCUUUUAGUAAUAAACUUCACAGCCUCAGGGGGGUGCUAGUGUGACUCAUUUUGCUCUUGUUGAUUUUUUACUUCUCUCCUGGUGCUCACUGCUAUUAUUUAAGUCUGAUAAAGUGACUCUACGCUCCCACAAUCCCCCAGGCUUUUAGUAGUUAUCAGAUAUCACAGCAGAGGGAGGGGCAAAGGGAGGGAGAACGCUUGUCUCUUAUUGGUUCAAAAACAGGAAGAGGGCCAUCAGAGCCCCAUGAGGCUGGGUGUUAAUCUGGCGAGGACAGACACACUAAUUUUUAUCACACAAAGUCUCUCAGCUUUCUCAGUAUUUCCUCUCCUUUCCUUCCCACUUGUCCUCUUUCCUCUAUUCUUACUUCUCCUUUCCUUACCUUAUUAGAGUCCUCUCCUCCCUUUUCUGUCCUAAGAUGUUUCUUUAGUUGAAUCACCACAUUUUUUCAAACUACAUCAUCCAGUCAUUGCACAUGCACAAACACAGACAAGUGCAAUAGAAAUAAACUCCCUUACACUCUCACAUAAACUGAUGUACCAACUAGUCUCAGGUGUCUCCUCAGAACUAUUAAACUAACCCAAGAACAAAAAUCUUAUCUGUGUCAGCUCAAACCUAAUAACUAUUGAUUUAUUGGGGUCCUUGCAUGAGUUAACUGGUAACAGAGUAGUCAAAGUUGUAGGGUUGUUGACUCACGUCAUCGUCUAACUCCUCUUUCUCCCUUUGACCUCUGGCUGCAGCCACACCUGAGUCUUUUUAGCUUGGUAGACAUCUUGUCAUCUGUCAGUUGCAUAUUCAUGAAUGUUAAUGUGUGUUUUUGUAUGCAAAAAUCUUACCCUGAUUUCAAAAACUGAGAAGACUUUUUAUAGGUCUGUAGGUCUGUGGUCUGUAUACACUCUACCCUGGUUUCUGACAACGAUCAACUGCUACCUGUGCAGGCGCACCCUCAGGCAGGUGACACAUUAGCUAAACAAACAUGGUGGUGGGAAACAGAGAAAAUGAGGAAACUGAGUUUUGUCCGUAAUGAAAGAAUUCAAUCAUAAUGGGUGAACUCCCUCACAACCUCGUCCAGCAGCAGUCACAGCUGCUUGUCCUAUGAGCUGGCAGUGACAGGCUGACACCAGAGUUGAGAAAGUGUUGAAUAUUUGCUGUUGUGUCACUGGAAAUGACGUGGAUAUACUGUCUGCAAUGCGCUGUUGGUAUUUAAACCUGCAACAAGCCACAGUGGUCACAUUUUUUCACAGAUUUUAAGGUUACAUGUUGUAAAAAUCAAAAGGCACCUGUGCAAAUAAGAUGCAGUAACUUGGGGGAAAAGUAUCAAUACAAGAGGUUGAUAGAUAUUUGGCAAAUUCUGUGUUUUCAGAAAUCUGAAAUUUACCCGGUUGCCGCCUCCUUAACAGGCAAAGACCCGAAACGUGAAGUGACUUAAACACUUCACAUUUCACAUAUAUCAAGUAUUCAACUAUACACGCGCUCGGCACACCCUAUACACACGCAUACAAGUAAUCAACAUAGUUUCAUAAACAUGUUUUGACAGAUUAGACUCCCAGUUCAAGUGUACAGUAUCAGUAUUUUAUUCCACUCGUCUGUCCCUCCCUCUCUCUUCUUCUCUCUCGCUCUUAAUUUCUAGUUUCCGGGCAAAUCCCUUUGAUUAUUAUUACAAGCUGAAGAAACAGUUUCCCACGGCAGGAGAUAAGGUCGCCGUGCUCUGGGACACACCCUGCUCACACACACACACACAGAGCUGAGUUUGUACUUUGCACAUGGCUCAUCACCGGUUUCUACUAAUUGAGUUCUGCUUUGAGUCUUGCUUCACAGAUUGAUUCGGUUUGAUUCAGAUUCACAUUGUAGAAUACAGUUAUUCAGACUUGAUGUUUGGGGUAUUGUCUUUACUCCUAUGGGCCAAGAGCUGAAGGUUGGCUUACGUUUUAGUCUUGGUCACAAAUCGCUCUUUUGAAAUUUGACGUGUGGAUAAAGUUUGAGAUGAAGCUGCUGGCUUUAGACCUGGUUAAUAAUUAGGUCUGCUAUUUCAGUGGUUUAUUUAAUAUUGCUUAAACAUAGUGAUCAGAUAAGCUUAAGUUAGCCAAGUUAGCUUGUUGUUACUGGCAGCAUACAGUCAGGUUUCUGGCCUCGUGGCUCGAGUUAGCUUCCCAGCCUUGUUCGGGUUUAUAGCUCAGAUUUGGUCCAUUCAGCUUUUUUUCCACUUGUAGAUGUAUAUUUAGCUUAAUAAGUCUUUAUAGACACAGCUAGCUUGAGUUCUUAUUUCUUACUGUAGCCCGUGUGAGUCCCUACAGGUCCAGAGUGACGUUCAUUUUCUUGUUUUUCUUCGUUCAAUCACUGCAGACAUAGAUAGUAAAGAGUUGGAUUUAUAGUUUCAUCACCUUGCAAAAGAGCGACUAAGCUACCAUAUAUCAAAAUUUGCAUGACUGAAAGUCACAUAAACAAAGUCUCAUUGACUGUUGGAGAGCUCUCUGAAGGAGGAUUGUUCACCUAGAAUAUUGUUCCCCUUUUUUCCACCAGUUACAGUUUAACAGUCAUCAUUAAUUUCGCUGUUUAUAUUUACCAACAGCGUCACGCAGACUGCUCCACAAGGGACUGACAAAGUUUUAGUGAGUAUGAAAGAGGUCCUAUUAGUCUUUGAGGAAAUUCAAGAGGCCUUCAGAGGCUACUUGGGUCUUUGAGGAGGUGCUAUCCUUGAAAUUGUUUUACAAGAGUGCAGGGAGAGGUUUAUGAGCACACACACUCACUUGCAAGGUUACAGGGAGGAUCUGUAAUUACCGCAAAGGGUGUAUUCACAAUUCAUCCAACUGAACACAUACACCUUUGUAUGUCAGUGUGUUUGCAGGUGCAUGUGUAAUUAUCUGUCCUGAUGAAACUGGGUCAUUAGUUAAGAAGUUGCAGUGAUACUGUACAGGAGACAAAUGGAAGGUCUCACAGCGGCCCUCAGAUGUAUGAAGAUGUCCCAUUGCUACAUUUAGUAGAUAAAACAUUCAUUCAAUCUCAGUCGUUUUGUGUCCUAUUUAAAGUGCUGUGAAAGUGAUAAUGUAGCAUGUUGUAUGUUAUGGUGUAGUAAUGUUUUUUCAUCACAUGCAAAAACAAAGACUGACCUGCUUUCUUAUUACCUGCAUAGGCUAUUGAAAAGGCUGAUCUCGGUCGACCUCUAGUUUAGUUGUUCAAACUCAUCAACAAAUCGGGGGCAGCAUUAAAUAGCACCUGAGUCUCUGCGAAAAAAGCCUCUUUAGAGAUAUCAAUUUUUUCUAUUUCCUCUUGGGCUCAGUUGCCACACCAGGUUUCGCCCAAAGGUUUUGUUACUUGAAAAUCAUUUUGUCAUCUCUUGCACAAGGAAGGUGGAGCACAGUCCUGCUAGAUUUGUCAAAAAGCACUUAAGGAAAACAAGACUGUCUGAGGUCAAUUUCAAAGUGAAUUAGUCAUGACUGAAAGUUUCUGACAGAUUGAAAUGUCAACUUUAGGAUAACUAUGACUGAGGCAGAAAGAGGAACCAUGGGUAUUUCUUUAUCUCUUUUUUUUUCCCAGUGAGAAAGGAAUAAGUUAUGUAAUUUCUUUAAGUGAGUAAGGUGACUGAGCAGUGAUUCUCAACAUUUGUCUGUAUGUUGGUCCUUGUUUUGGACUCCAGUCCCAGCGAUCAAUACUCCUCAUUGUGUUGCACCACAUGCUGCAUCAUGAGAUAUCUUUCUCCCUGCGGCUUCAGAAUCCAUUUCUGCUCCAAUGAGCUCAAUAAUUCACUGUUUACAGCAACUCUCUGUCCUUGUUUAUCUGCCCACCCCCUUUUUUAGCCUCAUUUUCUGUUUUAUUUUUUAAUCUCACUCCUCAGGUUUCCUCUCCGUAACCCUUUAGAUUUUUCCCUCCUACUUUCCUGCUUUCUUCCUGUGUCCUGUCUCUCUACCAUCUUUCUAUCGGUCUUUUAGCUCCUUCAUUCCUCGGUAGCUUUUUUACUUAACUACUCUUAUCACCCUGCAUACUCCCUCCCUUUCCAGCUACUCAUUCUCUCCCACUAUCUCUCACCCUACCUCCCUCUUUCCUCCCUCCACAGACUUUCAGUGUCUCCUGGUAACUUAACACAUCAACAGCUACCACCAAGACCAAGCUGGGAUGAGGAUGUUUACUUUAUGUUUUUAUCGUAUGGUGGCCUAAUGGUGCUUAAUUGCACAAUUUGCUUAAUGAGCUCAGGGCCUUGGACCAACGCAGUAGGACUCAGUCGGCCAGCCCCAGACUGGAAAUGGAGCAAGGAGACUGAUGGUAGAGACAGCGUCAUUAGUGGUGCAUCUUUUUCUUGAAAUAUGGAUGGUAAAAGGGAAUAGAUAGUUUCCGUACCAAGGAGACGCAGCAUUUGUCUUAUUUCUGAUAGUUUUAGUUAGAAGCAGAGUUGAAGCAAGUAGGUAAGGAAAGGAAUUUUUUUUUGGAGUUAAAAGCUUUAAAGUUUCAGUAAUUGUUAGAGCUCUGUAUGGAAAAGUACAUGAUCACAGGUAAAAGGGAUGAAGUAAAGUACAACUGCAAGUAGGAUGUCUUUCUAGGACGAAUCACGGGGGACAGCUCGAAUGGGUGUGGAGAAGAAACUUUCUGGGACUUUCGAAGAGGGGAAUCAGAAGUAAGAGCGCAGCUAAGAGGACAUUUGUAAAAGACAAAUUAGAUUAAAGUGGAUCUGACCCCAUUGAGGCCAUGGAGCUGUUGGAGGCUUUCUACCGCAGGAAACUUCGAAAGAAGCAGAAGAAAAAAGCAGAUCUGGGUCGGUCAGAGGGGGCGCUCUGUCGGUCACCGUCUGAGGCCAGCGUCAACAGCCUGGCAACCGGCCUCAUAUCUAAAGUCCUCAGGUUCACCUCCAGGUAAAAUAGAUCAAGCGUUGAUGUUUUCAAUGACAGAUUUAUAAAAGGAUUUUGAUUAAGAACAAAGUGAUGAAACCUUCAUGACAUUUAGGAAGUCGACGCUUGCGAAUGAUGUUGAUUACAUUGAAAUGAACUAAAAUGCUAGUUUGCCAGUUUUGUUGUGAGUUUGACAAGUACAGUUAAGAAUUGUUUACAUAGAAAUUGAUUGUGAUCAUAACAGUUUGUCUGAUUUGAGUAAAACUGUGAUGGAAGAAAAGGAUGGGACCUACCAUUGAGAGAUACUGUUAUCUAUGUUUUGCCAAUGCUGAAAGACAACUGUGUUUAAUUAGCCUGGAAAAUUACCUGGCUGUGUAUGGGGUACGGUUCUCUUGCCUUUUAUACCAGAUUAGAACACUUACUUUCGUAAUGGCAUGAACUAAAACUUUAUUUAGGCUUAAGGAAGAAAAGAAUGGGACCCAGACUUGAGCCCUGUGGGGUGCCAAAUGACAAAGGCACCUGUGUGCUUAUAAACUGUACAUAUCCAAACAUCAUCUGUAAUUACAGAUAAACCACGUAAGGUAACACCUAAGAUGCAGUCACCUGUCUCUGAGAUAUAGUCAACUUAUUCUUACAAAUAACAUUCUGCACUUCUUAAGAAAUGGUUACAAAACUCAUAUGGGCACAUACACAUAUAUAUGUAUGUAUACAGUAUAUAUAGCUUUUGUUUUGGCUGUUGAGUGGUAUGGUAGGAGGUGCGAUCCAAAAUGCAAUAUGCCCCAAAGUGGAAACAUGCCAUUAAAACAUCCCUACAUCAUAUGAAUAUGAACAUAUGUUUGUACAACCAGUGAAAAUACAGAUAAAUUACAACAAAAUUUCACAAAAACAGCACUAAAUACACGAGAAAUGGUCUCAUUUUGGUUAGAUCAAUGCCUCAAAACUAGGAGAUUAUGUCUAAGAAAAGCCAUGGUUUCACCAAAAAUCAUAUUACCUUUGAUUGAACUCUUAAACUUUUGUGGUUACUUGUAUAAAAACAUUAAAGUUGAUGUGAUUUUAAUCACCAGGGAUGACUUGGAUAUUAACUCACAGCCAGUUUAUUUGAAUCAAUGUCAUUUCAGUUAAAACUGGAAUUAGGGUGAAUAUCUACAGUAUAAGUGUAACCGCGAUGAUAACGUGCUGAGGUAUUCCAGUCACGUCCUGUCAUUACCCAGGGUUCCUUUGGUCCAUGCAGGCUUUCAUGUCUCUGUCUCCUACUUACUCUGAUACAAUCUCUUCCUGUUUAUCUCUGAGGAUAAAUACAGAGCAGCAGAAUAUAUCAAAUACAGAGAGGAUGACGGAGGACGAAGAUGCUUUUUCAAAUGUCUUAUUAUCACAUCUCUCAUCACAGUUCAUAACGAUGACGAACACUGGAAAGCAAACUCACUGAUGCCGGAUGUGUACAUAAUUACCAUAAAAAAUUCAGAGAAGUGAUUGUGAAUCAUAACGGAAAAAGAGAAUCAGUCCUUCAGAAAAGCCAGCACAGGACAGUCCUAAAACCCCUUUAUUGUAAUUUGUACAGAACAUUUGUGCGUUUGGUUCUUGCUGUCAUGAUUGAGCUUUGUUGUUUGUUUUUUCUCUUUUUUUCUUAAGCUACUUUGGUACAAGACUCCCCACGGGUCAUUAACAUAAAAUCUUGCAUGUCUUGCAGCGUCACCACGUUCAAACUUAUGCAACGGUCCCAAAGAUAUUCCCAUCAAACCACUGAAUUCUGCUAUACCUUGUUCCCAUUUUCCACAUUAUUAAAGAUUAAUAUGUUCUGUUGUGAUGGCUAGAUGGACAGCAUUUCUCUUUUUUGCAGCCGCUUAAGUUUUUGACUCUGUGUAAUUUGCAGCUCAUUUUCAUCAUUACAUUUCUGUCGAACUUGAGCUUGUGCUUAUGAAUUUGUAAUAAUUCUGUAUUAUCAGCCUGUCUCUUUUGACUUUAAUUGUUUAGAUCAUGGCAGUGCUAUUGCCCUUGUUGCCUACUGUACAUUUGAGUCCAUGUAAGGCGUAUAGUAGUAGAAGUAGUCUUAUUGUAAUGCUGACACCCCCCCAAGACCUACACAGCAGCUGAGAUUUGUAGUGAUAAGAUUGAUUAUUUUUCUUCUAAAUCUUACCGAAACACUGUAAAAAAAAAAAAGCAAAGUAGAUAUUUAGCACUCAUCUUAAAGAGAAAGUAGUUCAGGAUUAUUUCCACUGAAAAAGAGAGACAGAAGGUGAGUCAGACUUCUGUGGAAAGAGUCUGAGCAGCUGAAGAGUGUUCGAUGUGUUUCUGUGGGAGGACACAUCAGAGUAAUUCAUCAGGUUGAAAUAGUUGUUUUCUAGCUCUGAUGAUCGUCUCUGCACAGUGUUUGAAUCACUGCAGCAGUUUGGAGUGUUUAUUGGAUUUUGUGAAUGAAGAUCUGAAGACUAACAUUGUUUUAAGACAAUCAAGAUUUUUGGUUGUUCAAGAAAAAACAGUGAUGUAUUUUAAUUUGACAGCAGUAUUUAAGAAUUCACUGAUGUUGGUGCUUUUCAAAUGAUAUUGACGGCGAUUUUUGUGUCUGUUUAUCCGCCUUUUUUGAAGGUCGAUACUAAAAGAUCUCCCUUUUACUAUUGAUUCCAACAUCUAACGUUCAUAUGAAACCAUUCCCAACAUAAAUUUUAUCUUUUGUCUAUAAUUAUGAGAGCAUGAACUUUUCCACAAACUGAGGAUUACUCGGAUAACCAUGACCACCUCGACCUAUAUCACUGCAGCAUCAUGAAUUAUUGGGCAAUUCUGUCUGGUGUCUAAGCAGGAGUUGUCUUGAAAAUACAGGUGUCAUAAAAUCUACAUACUUCCCUUAUUUGUUUCACUUCUCUUCACCAAAAUGGGUGAACAAGUCUGCGGGCCGAAGUGUUUCUGUUUGUGUUCAUCAUCCCCCACCACCCAAAGUGUGCUACUUAGAUGGAGUCAAGUGAAAUCUGUGUUUACCUUGUGCUGAGUAAACUUCCACCUCAUAAUUCUCAGUACUUUCUUCAACAUUCUUCCAAAAUUAACAUCUUAACUUUUUAGUUGAUCCACAGGUCUGUUAUUACCCUCCAUUGUGACUGACAUUUGUCUGUUGUACCUGUAUGCUUAGCUCAUUGGUGGUUGCUUAAACACAAAGUACAAUUGUGAUAUUUUGGUUCUGUUUGAUGCAAAGUGUAUAAACUUUUAAGUUCAGCUUAGCCAUCCCAGAGUGAAAUGUGUCUGAUAAAAGUGGAGUGGUGUUGGUAUUUCACAUCAUGGUGGCAGUAGGACUUCAAGAUGCUAUGGUGACUUCAGUAUGGUGUACCGAAAAGAAAAAAAACAUCAUUAUUUACAGACCCCCGUUUUCGUCUUUCUAAACUUUUCAGACGCAGUGAAUCAGCAUCUCGUCCUCAUUCAUGGCACUCAACGAAGCUCAGUGACGGACAGCAGCACUUGGACCAGGGAGGGAUGGACACGGUGAGCAGCGCCUGGCAUCAUGGCUACCACGCCAGGUAAGUUUUCCCAAACACCAUUUUCUAUUAACAACUUCCCCUGCUCUUUCGUAUGAACUCUUUUUAUUGCCGGGGUUAAAACAAACGUAACUCAGUGUCUCCUUGUAUUCUGUUUUUCUGGACAGACACUCAGAGGUCAAAGUUCAUGUUUUUAGAGGCGAACACGUCUCAUUUCUUAUCUAAUCUCUGACAGACAGAGACCAGUCUUUGCUCUUGACAUUAAACGUGUCUCACUUAAAGAUCCCGCGAGGCCAACUUUGUAUGAGUUUUAGUUUGCAGUUCUUGUUUUUUAUAUAAAAUAAUUGUGUUUAUGGUCAUUGAUUUAUUUUAGCUGUCUGUUUUGGUUGUUUAUCACGUACGCCCUUCAUACAGACAGCAGUAAAAAGCCCACCCUGCUCCGCAUGGGGGUUUAUCUCCAGAAAAUGACAGGAAGUUUGUUACGGGCUGAAAGUUCUUCUGUUGUCUUAAUGACAUUUCGACGCCACAAAAAAACAUCAACUGUCACUGAAUACUUACAGAGUUUGUACAACAUGCUGCACAAACUUUGUCUUGUGUUAGAUGUCAGAAGGCCCAGACUAAAAUCACUAUGCAGAGUCGUUAGCUGCUGUCUGUCUUCUUUAUGAUGUGACCUUUGACCCUCAGUCUGCAUGUUGGGCUUCUACAGUAAUACUACGGGUUAUUCAUUAUUGGUACAGUGGCUUUAGGAUUAUAUGAUCAUUAUAUUUACUUAUCGGCAGCUUUGUAGUCAUGAAGCAACCCAAAAGUUAUGACUUUACAGAAAACAUAUGAGGCUAGCUGUUAGCACUCACUUAGCUCUUCAUUUAGCUACUCAAGAAUUCACUGCUGUUCAAAAGUUACUCACAGUUUCUGGUUCUUAGUCUUCAUGAAGGUCUUGAUUAAAAAAAAAAUAGUAUUAGGAACAGUUGGGAAACAAAUCCAGCUCAUAUGGGCCUUUGUUUACAAAAGAGUCAUUGGUGAAGUGGUGAGCACAAACAUGAAGACUUCCCUCUGUUUUCUAGCGUUUUCCUCUUUGAGACUGACUUUACUUUACUACUUUGCAACCAAAAGACCAGUUAUGAGCUGCUGUCUUGGGCUGAAUUAACAAGGACAAGGGGUGAGGAGCAAGACAAAGGUGAAAUAUAUUUUCCAGUCAAUCAUAAGACGGUAUAACCUGACCUCAGAGUGGUCAUGUUUUGAAACAAUCCGUUCAAAGAAGCUGGAAAACAGUCAGGAAAUACACUGCCAUCCAUGUGUCUCAUGACUUCGGAUUAUGCCAAGGUUCAGUCUGGCUAUCCAGCAUUGUAACAUUAUGUGUAUGUAUUACAGUACGAAUCAGAAAAAUGAUUAUAAGAACAAACUCAGGUUUGUUUUGAAUUUGAGUAAAUUGUCAUUAUUGUUGAAUAAGGCCUGAUCUUUUGAAAACAAACAUGUAAUUGGAAAGUCAGUAACUUAUUUAAGAUUUACAUUUUUUUUUAAUUAUUUUUGGAAAGUUGUUCAAAGAAAGUAUCACAUUCUUUCUCAAACUAAAGAAAAUUUUAUAAAAGAAGUAAUUGCAUUUUGAACUGUUGUUUUUUGACUAAAGUUAUGAAGCCCUAUGGGGAUUUACUCACUUUUGGAGCUAGCCCCCAGUGGUUGUUCACAGUACUGCGAUUCCUGGCACUUCAACUUAGGUUUAAUUUCCAAACAUGUUUUUAGAAGAUGUUUUUUUCCCUCACUUUUUUGAGGAUUUAGUCCAUGUUGUCAUGGUGUUGUAAAUGUUUUAGGAUUGUAAUCUAUGGUGGCUCAGACCAGCUGGGACUCCGGCUGUGAUUUACUGAAGAAAUCACAAUAAAAGGAUGCAUAGAAAGGAAGUUAGUUCAAGCCACAGUACAGUUACUCUUUUAUAUUAUCUGCAGACUUGCUUUAACGUGGUGCUCGUUGUUGUUCCUGUGAGUCGAGGCUGUUGGUCAGCAGGUUUUUGUCAUUGGAGUUACAUCACCGUUCGUUUGAAACGGCCGAGAAGGAUGAAUGAAACCCUGACGUGGCUGUGUUGGGUGGACAGGACUGACGUCGAUGCCCACAGAGAAGGGGCAUUCCUGAUACCCUUCCCCCUCACCUCGGGGUCUCCCAUGGCAACAACCCCCCCCCAAUACACACACCCACACACUCAAUAACAUGUGGGACUGAAAAAGAAGUUUGUGGCGGCAGAUUUUAUUGAACUGUAAGUUAAAAAAGGGAGACUCAAAGGGAAGUGGCAUAUGUCGACAUGAAACUUGGACUCAGGGAAGUUUUUGAUGGAGAACAAGAGAAACAGACAGACACAGACAGAGACUGUCCUCCCUCUCAGAGCGGUAAUUGCAUUGUGUUCGGUUGAAAGAUUUGGUGGGUCAAACUGUGACGUCGACACACACGCACACACAAACAUGUACAUUCCAGUCAGUUAUCUGGGGUGAGGAAACUCCAACAAAUCACCAACUUUACAACCGACACUUUCAACAAAUAAAACCCUUUCAGGCAUGAACAUGGUUACCUAAUUGUUCUAAAAUUUAACUCUUAACCCCAUGCUGAAAAAGCAGCUUUUUUUCUGUAAAAGUGAGAAGAGUAAUGGACCUCAAUUAGUCAAAUUCCUAAUAUUUUCACAAUUUAUUAAAUUGGACCCUUCAGACAAACCUGCAGCCCUAAAUGCUCCAGCCAUCCUUAUCUAUGACUUUUUAUCUCUGUAAUUCAAGCUUUUAUUUGCUUGAUACUUUGGUUAAUAAGUAAAUUUUUGAGCUUUUAUAAAAACUGAAACCCUCUUUCUUUGUCUCUUAGUGCUUCCACCACUGACCUGUCUGGUGGGUUCGACUCUGGUGGCAGCUACCUGAGGAAAAGUCCAGACCAGUACAGCUCCAGAGGCAGCAUGGAGAGCCUGGAUCCUCCUCAGUCCUCCCAGCUUCACAGCGGAGCUCAGCACCACCACCAUCAUUCCCACAGUGGACCCCACCCUGCGUAUUCCUCCUGCCACCAGCUGUCUUCUGCCAGGUACAAACACAGCCACCGUUACCGACUGAAAGCAGGUGCCAGAUAUUUUUAAACCUUAGAUAGCAUAAAGACCAAAAACAGGGAAAGUUUCUCACCUCCUGAACCCUUCAAAACUGUCCAAGUGAAACCGUGUAUCUCAUUGAUGAAACUGCUGUAGAUAUAAGGAGUUAUUGUGCAACAGUAAACAGUGAAGUCAUUUGGCCUCUUUCUGUUCGGUGUAGUGUCCCUUUUAGUGGCGCAGUCAGUUUUUAGCUCUGUCCUAAAUCUUCUGUGGCUCAAGCAACUGUGCCGCCUAAACAAUGUUGCCCUGUUUCACCAAUGCACCUCUGAAAAACAAAAGGAGCGAGAGGGAUUCAGGAUUGGGAUUCAGAGAAAGUUAGCUUUGAUCGCAUGCUGGAAAACAGAGCGGGACGAACAGUCGGCCAAAAUGAUUCCUGCAGUUGUAGUCAGUCUGUGCGGAGAUGUUAAAGCUUCUAUGAGGAGUUUUUAAAAUGGUUAGAGUUAGGGUUAAUUAAUUACAGGUUAAUCAGGUGCUUUUUUGUACAUUUUUCACUGCAAACAUUCACUAAUACAUUUGAUCGCUAAAAUUAUAUGAUGCAAUUAAAAAAAUGACACAAUUUGAUGCAUUUAGAUAUGAUACUAUACAGUUAUACAAGAUGCAGUGUUAUACAACCCGACACAAUACAGCGUGAUAUAAUCCCGGCAUGAUAUUAUACAAUGUUUUAUGACACAGUAUGAUACAACAGACACAGUGUUUUACAGCACAGUUUUAUAACAUGUGAUAUAGUUCAAUUUAAUGACAGAAUUUAAUGCAAAUUAAUACAGUAAGAUAUGAUAUGAAAUUAUAGUAAGAAUUCUAUGAAAUACGACACAAAAUGUUUAAAUACAGUACUAUAAAACGCAAUGUGUUGUGAUCUGAUGCUAUUAGAUGUAACCCUGAACAAUAAGAUACAGUACAGUAUAUGAUACAAUACAAUACAACGUAAUAAAUGUAACUUAAAAUGAUACAAUAGGAAACAACUCAAUACGAGACGAUACAAUACGAUAUGAUGUGAUACGAUAUGAUGCGAUACGAUAUGUUAUUGGAUUUACCAGAUCCUGAUAAUCAGUAUGUAACAUCUCUUUAUAUAUAAUUUUAUAAAGAACAGGCUUAUAAUGGUUUGAUCAGUUUUGGCCUCAUAGCAUUAGAUAAACAAACUCAUGUUCUCAUAUUGAAACUCUUGUCAUGUUGCAGGUCCUCCAACAGCAUUGACCACCUCCACAACAAACGAGACUCCGCCUACUCCUCGUUUUCCACCAGCUCUAGUAUCCCAGACUACCUUGCCUCCACCCCUACUUUCAGCACAGAGCGUUCCUUUUCGCUAGAGACGGUCCCCCAGAGAGGAGGAGGGAGCGGAGAGUUGCAGCAGGCUGACAUGCGUUACGUGCGGACAGUUUAUGAUGCCCAUCAGGGAUUAUCCCAAGAGCACGAGUUAGGCUCCUCCUCGGCGGCACUUUUGCGCAACACAGAUUCCAGAGGGGGAGGAGGAUCGAGGACAGGACCAAGUCGAGAUGUGCAAGGUAACGCUGUUUUUAAAAAAUGUUUUUCAUGCAACAUUAUUUUGAUUUGAUGAGGUCUCUGGUUUGAUUUUUACUUGUAGUUUCAGGUUCAGUUGGUGGGGUCUGUUACCGUGGGAGCAGCAGUGGCAGCAGCAGCAGCAGUGGCAGCAGCUGUGGAGGGGUACCGGCUUCAAACCGACACAGUGUGGGUCCAAUAUGGGGUCCUGCAACCAGCCGCAGCUCCUACGAGAGCUUGAAGGGGGCACCAGCCCCUCCAAGGCGCAGCGACAGUUAUGCAGCCAUCAGAAACCAUGAGAGACCGAACUCCUGGUCCAGUCUGGAUCAUGCCAGAUCACUAAGGUGAGAGGAUCACACCUUACUAUAGACCCUAAUCAACUCCCAAUAGGUGAUCUAUAAAUGCAGUCUGAUGUAGUAUUUCUGCUACAGAAAUAAUGAAGUGAGUGUCAAAUGUUCAGAAACUUGCUGAGCUUGUGUGCAAAAAGAUCUCUCCUGAACUCAGUCCAUCCAUUUUAUGUUCUCAGGUCUCUGCAGAAAGGUUCCUGGCAUCACUCUAGUGGUCCUGUGGCCUCAGGUGCAGGUAAACAUCCACCAUUUUUCCAUAAUUGAAGUGUUUCCAGGAAUAUAACAGGACCUAAACGCACCUUUUUGUUUUUUGAUUGAUCAACUUAAACAUCUUAACUUAACAUCAUCAUAAACUUUGCAAACAUUCACAUUAUUUAUUUUGUUUUAGCCAAAGGUUUGUACAGCGCUGAGGGUCAGCUCCACACAGUGAUAGAAAAGAGUCCAGAAAGCAGUCCCACUACAAAACCAAGGCAAGGUGGAGGCUUCCCACAGUCUCCAUCCCCCACUGGACCCGCCCCCCAGUCAGGCAGGACGAUUCUGCCCACUGGCAUGUACCCUGUCCCCCAGCCCGAGCCUCACUUUGCACAAAUGCCCAGCAGCAGCCCUGCACCUGGCACCUCUGGAGUUUAUCCCGCCUUGGCUAAGGAGAGCAGCCGACAGCAGCACCAGGGGCUGGAGGGCAUCAGUAGGAGACCGGAGGCAUCAGCAGAAGGGCAGAAUGAUAGGAGGAUGUCAGCUGCAGAGAAUGGUUACCAAAAUAGCACUUCACCUUUACCAUACCCCCACUCCUCUUCCUCUGCAUUUGUUGCCACACAACUCAGAACUCAAGCACAUGAGAACGACAGGUAGUGUUAUCUGUUUAAUCGAAAUCCUAUGAUUCAGAGUUUAUUUUGACACAUUUGGUACUCAUCUACAUAUCUAUUUUGUGCCUCUUGGGUAACUAAGUCCUCUACAUUUCAGACCUCAAAAGGAAGAGUCUAAUCUGAAAACCCCUGGAGGUGGAUCAAAGGGUCAUACAGCGGCCAAAAGACCCCAAAACCACCAGGGACCUCACAGCCAGAGUUUCCAAGAGCCUUUGAUUCAUGCGAGUCAAACAGCCAACAGCCAGGUGUUUCAAGAACCCAACCAGGAUUUCUUUACCCCCAACAUCCAGUACAACAAAGAAACCCCAAGACCUUCAUCCUCACAAGACUGGAGGGACCCUCCCACAUCUGUGCAGUCCAAGGGAGACAGGAGCAGGUACAGCAUGGAGGGUUGAAUGUUGGGUAGAAACUCCUGGUCAGGAAUUCAAUGAGAUGUUUAUGUUUCCGGGAUAUCGGGAUAUUGGAGUUGUUUUCUUCCCAGGGUGAUUAUGUUGAAAAUUGCUUGAGGUACAGAAAAAUUUGACAUGACUUGGUCUCAUGACUUCAUAUUAAACUGCUCAUAAAUUGUUUCAGAAGUUUAUUUCCCAAACUUUCUGUAGAUCAGAGUCUCUUAGCUACUAUUCCAUGCUUUUGGCUCUCAGUAUUCAUCAGCAGGACCUGAAACAGUUUUGGACAAGAGUCUGUCUAAAUUGUUCAUAACAGAUGGUGAUCUCAUACAGAUGAAAUAAAUAGAAAUGUUUUGGUGUCAAACCAUAAAAAUGCUCAGCAACUGAAACAUCUACCACAGUACAAAGCUGCUUUAGCACUGGAUGGUCGGGUCAGUCAUCCAUUGGUUCACUCACCGUCAGUAAUAUUGACAGUUUUUUCCUUUCUUUCCUUUCUACAGAUCGAUGGACCAGACGAGCCUUUAUUCAGAGCCGCUGGCAUCACCUAAACUGGCCCAGGGACAGGUACCACCUUCAUACUUUCAACCUCAGCCCCAUCCUCCACCCAGCUCCGCCCCCCAAAUUUCUCCCCGUCACCUCAGCGACUCAGCGGCUCUACAGUACCAGCACUGGGAGCAGGACAGAGACAGAGACCACCCACUGACCCGCCUGGAGAUCGCUCUCGCCGAGGUCCAACGAUCCACAAGCCCGGACAGCGUUUUCUCUGCCAGUAGCCAUGGCAACAGUAACUUUGUUGAUGAUAGUCACGUACCAGUUCGCAGCCUUUCUGUGUUGGAGAAAGUCAGUCGUUUUGAGCGUCGGGAACGAGCUGGGAAGCAGCGCAGUCAGAGCACCACCUCUCAGCACAAAUCCAGCCAGCAGAGGGUGAGCGCGUAACAGCCAAAACAGUCAAAGACAGUAGUCAUGAAAAACACUGAUGCUGCUUCACUGCUUAAUAUUUUUUCUGUUUUUGAAUCAGUUAAAUGAAAAAGGCCGCGGCGUCCCGUGUGGAGCAGAUGAUCUCAGAAACAUGCUGGAGAGGAGCACCAAUGCCAGCAAAGCCCACAGAACAAUGAGCUACAAAGGAGGCAGCAAUGAACAACGAAAAUACAGGUAUAAGGACACAUCUGAAUUUGAAAGUAUUGUAGAUACUUGAUAGUGUCAGGUUGAUAAAAGAUUGUGUAACCGUGUACCAAGUCCUGAAAGGAUGGCUGUCUUGAAAAUGGGUCCCAUUACUGGACUUUUGACUACAUUUUCUCUGUGGUUUUCAGGACCCCAGCAGAUCCCAAUUCAGCCCUCCAGAGGAGCCGGAGCAGCUUUCAUAUCAAUGAGUCCAGAGAGGGUCACAGCAACAAAGACUUCCCCUGGAGACAGGAAGUCCAACAGAUGCAAGGCUCAAUGCAGGACACUUCCCCAAACAGGUGAGAGUCUUCAAACAAAGAUGGGGUCUGCACACAGAGGUCUGGAUCCACCAAGUCAGAGUCCUUUAAGUGAUCAGAGGUCUCUCACAACAAUUCAUACUAGUGCCACACCAAUUUUGAGUCCUGAACCAAGUCAGACUUUCCAGUUCACAGUCAGUCAACUAAUCAGGGCCUUCCAGAAGCUUAGACUCCUUUCCCAGUCUAGAUCAGAGACCUCCAGCAUAUGUCAGUUUUUCAACAGGUUUGAGACUUUAAGCCAACAUUUGAGUCCUGCCCCAAGGCCCAAGUACUCUCCAAGUUCAGGGUCCUCAAAUAGGUCAGGGUCUAAACAUAAGUCCCGUCAAAGAUCAGAGUUCCCCAACAUUUAGUGGUCAUGUUGGAGUCCUGUAAGAGUUCAAACAUCUUGCCAAGGUUAGAGUCUUUCCCCAGAGCUUAAAUUCUCUUCCAGGUCAAAGUCCUCAAGUCAAAGUCCUCAAAAAGGUCAGUCCUACCCAGGUAAGGGGCUAAACAAAGUCAGAGCCAGUUCAGAGUCUUUCCAAUGACAAGACUCUGUUGCCUAAUCAGAGUCUUCAAACAACCCAAAAUCCUUUACCGUUGUAGUCCCAAAACAAGAGUUUUUUGCCAAGUUGGGGUCCUAUGGGUUGUUAAGUCCUUUCUAGGGUCAAAGUACUCCCCCUUUAAAACUCAUGGUCUGUCAACAGCAGUGGCGAUUGCUCUAAGACUGCAAGGGAAGCUCGGCCUCCCUUAAAAUGUCACCCCCCCAAAAAAAAGAAAAAGUGGUGAAAUACGUACGGCUGUGUGUACAUUUCAUUAACUAAAUACGCACUAGAAAGCCUUCAUCUUUUGUUCAGACACUGUGAUAAGAAGCUGAUAAUCACAGGUAACCGGCAUAACGUCGUUCUCAUUCAUCCUCGCAGCGCCUCAGCGCUUCAAACAGUCGGAAGCUGGGCUUCUGCUGACUUCAAUGUGGAAGCUUAAAGUGGGUUGUUCCAGCAGCGAAACUAGACGCUCAUUGGAUAAAUGCUGGGCUUUGUCCCGCCCAAUGGAAGCUAAGCUUCACUGGAGUUCUAUGGCGAGAGGGCGGUCCCGACUUUCUCCCGGACUCCAAGUUUCUGCAUUCAUGAUUGGAUGAGCUGUCUGAGGCGAAAUCCUUUUUUGAUUGACAGCUAAACAAGCGAAUCAGCGAUCUUGAAGAAUAAAACAUCUACCAGAGCAUUUUCCAAGUCAUUCAUUCCGUUGUUCUUAACUGCUCCGGAGACUUUACCGAUCCUCAGCGACUCUUGUCUUUGUUAAAAACGACUGCCGUUGUGUUUGGCGACUCUGUUCUGUUACAUACUAAUAAACAAAUACAAUUAUGAUGUAGGCCAGAAAAAUGAGCUUCCCCUCCUUGAAAGACCAGCAGCCGCCACUGGUCAACAGUUUUUAGUUAGGGUUAAAUGGUAGGUAAGGUCCUCCAAGAACUCAGAUCAAGACCAUUGUAAGCAGAGUCCUUCAACAGAUCAGUCUUGACGUCUUAGUUUUAUUCUGAUUUUGGUUUUUGUCUCUUAUCAGAUCUUACAGGGACUCCUUGAAGGAUGCCCAGUCUAAGGUCCUUCAGUCCACCUCUUUCAGACGUAGGGACCUUGGCUCUUCUGCUAGCCCUCCACCUCCUGCAGCUUCCCCCCCAAUUUCCUCCUCCAUCAGCCACCACCCUUCACCUGCUCCUACCAAGUUCCACUCCCCAGAGAAAAAGGGUCCAAAAACCAUGCCAAAACCACACGGUGUCAUCAUCCCCUCCCAGUCGCCACCACCACCACCACCACCCAUCCUUUCCCCUCACACACCGAAGGAGCGGCACGUGGUUAGCCCAGAGGUUCGAGGCCACAGUCCUCCAGCCCUCCCCAGCGUUCCUCCGGUUGGACCUCCUGCUGUGUUGCGGAUCUGCGGCAGAAAGCGCCUCGCAGCUGACCAGAAGAAACGUUCCUACUCAGAGCCAGAAAACUUGAACGAGGUCGGGGUUUCGGAUCCGGAAACUUCUGCCCUCUUCAGGCGUGGAGGAGGUAAAUAUAUCUGCUUUGAGGGCACACACAGGAGAGUUUUGCAUGUGAGGAAAGUCACCAUUAGGAUUGAUGGGUGUUUGAUGUUGCACUUAAUCAAAAGUCUGCAAGUUUGUAACUCUGGCCCUGAUCACCAUGUCUGCCAGAGACCAGUGUGGCAGAUCGACGGAAGAUGUUUGAGCAACAUGCUUCGUCAAGAACCGACCUGCGCCAGCUCCAGCAAGAUGCACUGGCUGAGUACGUCCAGAGGAAGAGAGGUGGGAAAAAGGAGGAGGGAGGACAGAGGAGUGGACAGAGACCCCGCAGUGCUUUUUUCCAGCCUGAAAAUAGCAACCACACAGGUCAGUGUAAGAAGGGAAGAAGAAGGAUCAAAUGAAAUGAAAUGAAGAUUAAUCAUGCCUCUUCUUUACUGUCUCCUUCCUCUUUUCCUUUCUUUCAUCAGCCUCCUCUGCUCACUCAGACACCCUCAGUCUUUCCUCUGCCUCCAGCUUUCUCUCUCUACAGGAAUCCAGUUUCUCCUCUGAAGGGAGGAGUCUCAGCUCCAGUCACCAACCUGCAGCAGACCUACGGAGUAUCCAGUCCAAUCUUUUCUACCCUGGGAGGGUGACAUCGCCGAGGCCUCCAGCACAGCCAACACUAGGGUAACUAAAGCUAGAUACCCGCUGAGUUCAGAACCAAAGAGAAACCGAAUGUGAUGGCAAAUCUUUGAUGUCAUAUUGAUUAAACACAGUCUGCAAAAUUCACACUUCUCGACAUAUUACUAAACCAAAUACGGUUGUUUCUGCAUUGAUGAAGCCCUUACAGCUUGGCAUCAACUUUGAUUUACUCUGCUUUGGUCUGAACAGAUAUUGGGACAAUCUUUAAGUCAUGUUGGCAGCAUUGGUUCAAUACUAGCCAAAGUGGACAUUUUCAGGCUAACAAACAACAGUGGAAAAGAAAGUUUUGGUCCUUGGAGGAUAUAUCUUCAUGGGCUACAUGAAACAAUAGCGUGUAUACUAGAGCGCAGAAAUGUAGAGCAAGCUUAAAGUUUGACAAAUUCUGACAAACUGGCUUUAAACUUUGGAUAGAAAUCCAUGCUAUAUGACAACUGCACCAUUUUUUCUUAGUUUUUGCACCAUGAUUGACGCUUUUCUUUGGUCUAUACUUCCAGCGCUCCUUUCCAACCUCAGCUCCAGGCCCAGAGCCUCCAGGAUCUAACCCCUGAAUCAGGGCUCAGCAGGCAGAGUCAGACUACCUUCAGAGGGAUCAGCCCAGUCCAGCAGCAGCAGCAGCAGACCGCUGAGCCUCAAAUCAAACGGCGGCUCUCCAAGCAGCUGAACGGGGCUCUGCAGCGAGCUGGAUCAGCACGGGGAUCUGCAAAGUCGGCUUCUGCAGAGGAUCUCCUGGAGAGAACAGAGGAUAGACAGAUGUCUCCUUCACACCACAGAUCCCGCUCCUCCCCUACAGUUGAGAUACAGAGCAAGGUAACGCUGCCACAACUGCAGACCUGCAGGAACUUCACUGUUCAGCCACAUCCUCAUUCCUCUCGGUAUUUUUUUGUAUGAGGGGACAUUUUGCUAUAAAGGGACAUUUGAGCCCUGAGUCACACAGGAAAUACCCAGCAUCCUCAGAGUUUCCUGUGAGGUGCCAGAGAGCCGGGGACGGUGGCUGGGCGCUGUCCGAUGUGCUUGAUAGCAAAGAUAACCCACACACACACACUCACACUCACGUAUACAUCCAUCAUACACACACAUCUACAGAGUUCAUAAAAGUCUGCAGUGAAAUCUCCUCCAGUGAUCAGCGCCGUCUGUGUCACAUAAACACCAUUACAGUUUUCAAGCAGACAGAUGGACACUGUCCUCCUCUUUUAAACAAUAGAUUUCACUGCAGGGUGGUAACAGGCCUGCUUUUAUACUUUCACUUAGUUUUGGGACUUCACAGCUGGGUUAUGCAUAGAAAAGGGAUGGCUGCUUUAGGCUUUCCAUGCUGCCAUUGAGAGAUAGGACUGUAGAUAGAGGUAGAAACAGAAGAGGUCAUAACCUAGGGCAGAUGGGAGAUUGAGUUCCAAUGCCGUUGAACAUUAACUUUAAGGUACAUAAGUGAUGAAAAACCCAAUAAGAAGGAUUGUUUUUACAGCGAGGAAGGGUGGCAUCAUUUUCUUUGAGUUUGUGAUUUCAGCUAACACGACUGAUUCAAACGCACAGAGAUUUCCAUGAACUCAAAGGAAGCGUUUCACGAUAGCACAAUUACAAUUUUAUGUAUGGAAAGAAGUAUCCAAAAAGCCUCAAGUGGAUGUUCAAAGAAUUGCAGUUUUGCUGUUCCUAUUUGCUUCAUUUCAUUUCUGUGUAUGUGUAUGUCUGUGUGUUUGUGUGGAGAUCUCAUGUGAUCACUGGUGGUGCACUAUGUCUGGAUUUAUUUUCUUAGAAAAGGUCAGACAUGCAGACACAAAGUCAACAGUUUAUUACCUGUAAAAUAAACAUGGAAUUAACAUCCACAAGCGUCAAACAUUAAUGUAAAGUUUAGGAGUAAUCGUAGGAAGUUUGGAUCAGGAUAAGGAUGCUGGUACUCAGUGCUCAGUACUUGGUGCUGUCAGAGGCAGCAGUCAUUGCUUUGCAGUGUUUCUCAAGUCCAGUCCUCGAGGCCCACUGUCCUGCAUGUUUUGGAUGUUUCCCUGCUCCAACACACCUGAUUCAAAUGAUCAGCUCGUUAUCAAGCUCUGUGAUGGCUUGAUAACUCCUCCUGAGUUACAGUCCGCACUGACCCGUUUUUGUUAUUAAAUGCUUAAAAGAACCACAUGAUUUAGCUUUUUUCACAUCAAGACUUUUUGACUUUGUCAGCAACCUCUACUUCAACAAAAGGAAAAUUUAAAAAAUUAAACUGAUUAAAUCAUAUGCAUUUGUUGUGUUAGGGUCACUGUUGACCCGGUUAGAUAAAUAUCUAAUACUUAGAGCAAAAAAUUAAAUCAUAUGAGCUCUGUCAGGUGUCACACUGACAGUCAGAUCCUUUUCUAAUCAUGUGAGAUUUAGGAAAUUCUCAUUUUUCCUGUUUUUUUCCUUGCACAACAAACAACUUUGGGCAUGUCGAGACAUGUGAGAUCAGUUCAGUAUUGAUGUCUGUGUGGAGGGGUAUACUGACAAAGAAAGGCCCAGAGGCCCACAACAAAAAUAUUAUAAGCAAUAUUUUCACAGAUAAUGAAGCCUGACAAGGUAACCUAGAGAUGAGAACCAAAUUGGAUGAUAGAGAAAUGCUUUAAGUGUAAUUUGCAGCUGAUUUAAGACACGGGUUGAAACCGACCCUUAACAUAGUGGGUGUGUAGUGAAAGCUAACACAGGAGGAAGGUUAAACCGCCAAAGAGACUGAAGUUUUUUUUUUCUGUGUGUGUUUCAGGACCGUCCUUCAGGUGACGUCAGGAUGUUUGGGGUCUUCAUCUCUGAACCCAGUCGUUGCUCUCUGGCUGCAGAUCGGUGAGUCUCAUCUAUGUUAAGAACAGCUGAUCAUGUGACCCAACAGCUGGUAGAUUUGAACCUGGAUUUCCCCCCAAAAAGGUCUUCACAGUCUUUCAUUCCCCUCUUAUCUCUUCCGUCUUGUUCAUCCAUUAAAGGCAGAAAAGUACAGAAAAGAAUUCAUAUUUUAUCAAACUUGAAGAGUUUUGGGGGAUCAUCCAGCUCUGCAUCAUUUCUCUUGCACACAAUUGUUGCUCAGUUUACAAAAUUAAUCUUUUUUAGUAGAUGGAGAAAAAUGUGCGGCUGCUUUUUGUAACCCUGCUGGAAAACUGGAGGAUGAUGGGAAUUCAAACAUUAUGCACCCAUUUUAAGCUCUUCUCCAUAAUAGGCUUUUAACAUUUACUGAGUGUGUCUCCAUUUGUUUGUGUUUGUAUGUGAGUGCUUUGGGCUCUACGCUAUUUUAAAACAAGCUAUGACUGUCUGCUGCUGCUGCUGCUGCUGGCAGGAGAGAGGAGGAGAAAGAGAUGGAAAAUGGAGAUGAGGAGGAGGAGGAGGGAGGAAAAUGGCAAGAGUUACGAGAAGUGUAGACCAGAGGAGGAGGUGGAGGAAUGAGGUGAUGGGGGAAAUAUGAGGAAGGACAGAAGCAAGCAGGAGGUGGAGAAAGUGAGAGGGGUAGAGAAAGAGGUGAAAAGAAGAAGAAAGGAUGAGAGGCUUGAUGAGCAUGAGAAAAAGAGGAGAAAAAUGAAUGUAAGAGGAGGUGAAAUGAUGCAAGGAUGGAGCGAGUGUGAUGAAUAUGAAAAUGUUUCGAUAAAAUAACAUAUACACGGCAAUACCCAUUUAAAUUGACUUUCUUUGCUAGACGUCAUUACGCCUCUUACACCUGUAGCUGAAUAGACAUCUAGCAGUGAUAACUUUGCAUCCUUUUAUGCCCUAGCUACUUUGUUAGAAAGGUAACCAGGGGAUAAAAAUAAAUUCAGAAGAAGAAAUCUGCAUCAUUACGAAACAAUCAGGUGGUGGAUUCAAAGAACAAGAUAGCCAAGGACACGGGGACUGAAAUGAGUUGAGUUGAAGAAAAUGUAAGGUCAAUAGAGGAGAGAAAAUGAUUUUAUUUGUCAGUUCCGCUUUUUAAUAUAUAUAUAUUUUCACCAAUAUAUGUUUAUUUUUACUUACAUAGGUAUGAAAUGAGAUACCAAGAAUCUUUACGAUAGAUUUGCUGAUAACCUCAUGAGGUAAAGGGGGGAUUAUCCCUUGGUAUGAGAGGAAUAGGAAUGGAGUGAGGCAGCUGAGGACAGGGGAGAGGUGAGGGGGUAGAGAUAGGAGGGCAGAUUAGGAAAAACCAAGAGAUCAGAUGACAACAAAGAAAGAAAGAAGAAAGGUGGACUGAAGAGGAGUGAGAGUUCAAAGGAGGCUCGUGUGAAGAGGAGGAGUGAAGGAGAGGGCUUAGAGGAGGGAGGAGAAGUGAGGAAUUUAAGGAAUUGGAAAAAAAAAAACUGCCUGGCACAUUAACAGAAAAUAAACAAAAUACCAUCUUUAGUCUGUAAGGAUUUAUUAGCCUGAAACUCUUAAAUAUGUUUUCUCUCAAAAUGUGAAGGUCGAAAGGUCAGGAGAGGAAUUCUGAGAGUGUGUUUAUAAAGAUCCGUCUGCUGUCUGGAUAUUUCCAGGAACAUGAACGCACCGUUUCUGUUUUUAGAGCACCCACUUUUACAGAAUCAGCUGAGCCAGAGAGCAAUUCUGAGAAUCCUGGAGGAGAGCUUAUUACUCCUUAACCAUAACAAGCAUAGAGGCCUAUUCAGUUUCAUUACUGCUGUGAUAAACAUCUCUGUUGAAUAUACUGAACACGUUCAUAAACAUAUACUCACUGCCCUGAAACUUCCUCACAAGCUGAAGGGUCAUUUGUGGCCCCCUGUCCUACGAGACAAAAUAGAUCAUGAGUAAUGUAUUGCAAACGUUAUCCUAACAGAGAAGAAUAAAAAAUGGUGACAAUAGAGGAGAUUUUGAUAACAUCUCUGUUAAGAAAGUUUUAAUAUUAGAGAUCAAGAAUGCAGUGUUUGAAAUUUCCGAGAAAUUCAGACCUGUAUUUGUUUGAUGGAUUAUAAACAAAGUCUAGAAACUUAAAGUUAAAAGGAAGAGGAUGCAAACAGAAAAUUAAAGGCAUCUAAUGGAAAAAUGGAAAAACUCAGCAAUGCAUGUGCUCUAUCUGAAGUUCAGGGUUACGAAAACCAGCCAACAGUUCUGUGUUUUGUUAGUUAAAAGUGCAAAAGUUUUCCUUCAACAUGCAGACACAGAUCUACGUCUGUGUCAACAAAGACGGUGCUAGCUGAUCUACAGGUACAAGCCAUUUUACGACUUCCUACAGCUCAUACCCGGUUCCCUUGGUAGGUGUUUUAAUCCAUCACUGAGAAUUUAUGUAAAAGGGAUUAUCCUGGAUUCCUGGUGUCACAGUCUAUCAUUGUAAUCACCUCUAUAAUCCUCAAAGACAACAGUUACUCCACUUUCCCAUUACCGAUUAUUAGAGCACCCCAAAUAUUUCCUCUCCGAUACGACGAGAACAAAACUAAACACAAUCACUGUCGAAGGAUAAUUGCGUUGACAUGUUCCCCUCUUUCUUAAUGGUUUCUUUUCCUGUCUGUCUUUUCCUCUCAGACCUGCAGACAUCCAGGACUCAGAGGGCGCCGUCAUUCCUCAGCACUCCCACAACAAUCUGUUCGCCGUCCAGCCCGUAGGACCUGCAGAAGGUGAGACAAACAAAACCCCCUAAGCCACACUGACACAUGUAUUAUUAUUACAGUUGCAGUAUGGUGUCCAUAGAUUUGUAAAUAAUUGGAUGAUAACUUUAACUUUUUUCUUACUCUAGAUCUCAGCUCGACCCAGACUCCUGUCACUCGCAGGGAGCGGCAGCGAAACAGCGAGCGACAACGGGUCAGCAGCACCACUUUGGCGGCGUCUGUCGGCCUGCCCUGUCCCUUUUCCCCGCCCGGCACCGAGGACAGAGGCAACACUGAGUGGCGUGCCAACGAAAGGCUGAGUCAAGCCAACCUGGACGCCAUCACCUUCCCUGACGUCCUACACACCAGCACAAGUGAUGGCGCGGACACUCAAAGCUACAACAACAAUCCAAUGACGGACAGACAGGCGAGACGCAGUAUGAGUGACGCCGGCAUUUUAGAAGACACCACAAAGGACGUGUACCGAGAACGAGCGUUCAGUUUGGAAAUGAGAGGAGGAUAUUCUGCUGAAAACACUGAAAAGGUUUCCCAAACCCCCAUAACACCUCUGACUAAUUUCCAGCUACAAGCUCCACCAAACAAGAGGGACAGCAGAGAAAACACACCAUCUCCUCCUUCGCCAUCCUAUCCGUCCUUUCAGCAGCGUCUGUCCUCACUCCGGAUCUCUGAGUCUAGCCUUCUCAGCCCCAUGGACCAGCAUCCCCCGUUUAAAACAGGCUUUUCACAGGAGGAUUUUGAUGAAGUCUUCCUUAAAAAUCCUGCUCAUCCCGUGGUCAAAGAGACAAACAUCGAGGACGACUUCCCUCCUCCGCCUCCCCCUGUUGAGCUGGAGCCAGAAGUUGAAUGUCAAACUCCGGAAAGGUUUGUGAUGCACCAUUUUCAUAGUGAAUUAAAACUCUGGGACUUUCUAGAGUUUCCUUUUGGUUCCUUUAUUUUCUUAAAUUUUCCUUUUUUUUCCUCCUGGAUCCAGACCUGCCCUGGAGGUUUUAAACUCCAUCAUUCCCAACAGGACACUGAACGUCCACUCUCCUCCCUCGUCUCCUUCCUCCACUGUCUUCCCUUCACCUAUGCCCAGCAACCCUCCUCUCCAAAGUCAGCAGCCCACUACUCUCGCCUCCAUCACUACUUCCCCCGCCAUCGAGGACACCCUGAGUCUGGAGUAUCAGCCCCUGCCCAAGAGGGAAAAGACCUCAGAGGAGCUGAAAGUGGAGGAACUAGCCAGGCAGUUGGUGGGUAUCUCCAUCCAGCAGUUGGCCUUGAAGAGUGUUUUACCUUAUUCUGACUGUAUCCAGUUGUUUUUUCUUUUCGUCUGCAGAGCUCCUCAUGCUUUUACUAAAUGUUUCACUCUGAAAUUUGGUCAAAGACAGCUAUUUGGUUGAAGACGUAACUCUUUAUUUGAGCAAACAGUGAACUUUUGCCAUUAAAAAUAUUGGUAAUGCUUCCUUUUAGUGUACACUUAUUACCAGGUAAUUAACAGGUAAUUACCUAGUAACAACAUGAAAUUAUCUGGUAAUUACAUGAUAACUACUAAGUCAACACUGUCUAGUUACCAGGUAGGUAACCUUCCAUCAUCGUACAAAUUUGAAGCUGAAUUGCUCUGGUAUUUCCAGGAUUUUCUCCACUUCCUGGAACCACCACUUGCGCAGUAGCAUUGUAAGCAUUUGGUGGGUGAGUCUCUGUGAUAGUGCUCGGCUCAAACAGCGUAUCGCUACGCAAUCUUCGCACGCCCAUAGGCUGUAUCAAGUGUCAAUCAUAGAAAAUAAGAACCCCAGACAGUAUUGACAUAGUAGUUAUCAUGUAAUUACCAGAUAAUUUCAUGUUGUUACGAGGUAAUUACCUGUUAAUUACCUGGUAAUAAGUGUAUCGUAAAAGAAAGGGUAACCAAAAUAUUGUCAUUAAUGAAGUUGACUGUACAUAAACUACAGUAUGUUAAUUAUUUAAUAACACCAGAUCGUAGCUUUCAUCUCUUUGCCCCUUUCACUGCUCAGCGGGUGACUUGAGUGUGUGUGAUUUGAGCACCUGUUCAUAAACUCCUGAAACAGCUUAUUUCACCUUAAAGUUUUCCCUGAUUAGAAUGAAUAUGGACAUUAAAUUGAAUCAUAACGCACUGAUCGAAUAAAUUCCGUUUAGGAUAGGUAUAAUUCAGGACUAUCUCUCAAAAAAGUAGGCCAUUAAAGAGUCAGUUAUUUAGGUACCUUUAACUCCAUAACUUUGUUGUUGUUCAUUGUUUGAUUCGUCUUAUUUCUCGUCGUGUCCAGGUGCAGCAGGACCACUCUUUGGCCCCCCUCCUGGACACAUGGGGAGGUAAAUCCACCGUGGAGCUCAUGGAGGACAUUUUCCCAAACAGCAAAGUUGGCAGCAAAUCUCCUUGGCAGCGCAGGGGCAGUAGACCGUUGGACGACAGGUAAAUCUAACACCUAGUCACAAUCACCAAGUUUGCAUCAGCCCCAAAUUGUGGUCUCCAACUGAGCUUUGGUGGGCUGGUUUUGGGGGUCUGUAUAGUGACCUAACUAAUACAGAUUGGCGACUAUUGAGACAGCAGACUUCAGUAUUGGACUGGGCCUUUAAAGAGUCCCUUAUACACCUGUUUGGAUUAACCCAUGCAAGGCUGUAGGAACAUGCUUUAUGUUUGCAUCAUGAGUGUGAUUGUACAACAUAUGAUAGACUAUACACCAUGUGUCUUGCUGGAGGAUACCUCUAGAGGGCAAACCAGAGUAUCCAGGCUGUACGCUGCUACUGCUGGAUUUGAUGGAUGUUAGGAAGAGAUGACAGGACUUACAGAUGUUACUGUUAUCCUUAAUCUGGGACUCAGAGGCAAACUGAGGGACACAUUUUUGAGCUAACUGAGGCAAACCAAUGACCGCUGGACUAAACACACCAUCAGAAUACCCCUGCUCAGCUUUGCUAAGGUUUCCUCUGUGCUCUGAAGUAACUGUCUUUGCUUUUAAGUCCUAUAAAGAGCUUUCCUAAUAUUGAGAGUGUUUAUUAAGACCCCUGACCCAAACUGCACAAAGUGAUUUUAGACAACAGUAAGAAAAAAAAAAGAACAUUUAGAGGAAAAGCACUUCCUGUAAACCAGCGUUUGUCAUCCUUGUUGUGUUUGCUGACAGCUUCCUCGUCUUAUCUGCUGCUGACACAGAAGACAAACCUCUGCUGUCUCUGCUUGUCCGGGCCUUUACAGUCGCUGACACUUUCAGGGUGUUUUGGUUUGAUGGUGAACAUGAUGUUCAUGACAGGAAUGUUUCCUCAUCGAAGAAGAAGCAGACACUCUUUUAUUUAGAAGUGACAAGGUUACGUUUAUACCUUGACCUUAUGGACUUGCUGUCAAUAAUGUUGUGUUAGCCUAAAUGCAGGAUCGGUCUGGAUGUUUUCAUUCAUUUCCACCAAGGUGGUCGUAAUUUUAGAUACUUUGAUAUAUUUCCAUACCAGGUGUUUUAAAUAUUACAAUCCCUGUUAAUUUUAAGUGUAACUGCAUCAAAAAUGCACCAAAGCCCCUGAGAAAGGCAAAUGUAUGUUCUUAUAUUUAACUUAAAGCUGCCCAAGCUAAUGAGAGAGCGUGAUGGUGGUCCAAGAAAGAGAAAGAAGACAAAGCCGUGAAAAUGUCAUUUUUUUAUAUUGAUUAUUUUUGGCCUUUAUCAGAUACGACAGUUUGAGAGAGAAGACAAAGUAGAGACAGAAAUAAAAAGAUUGACCCGAUCAUGUUGUGACUGUAGCCUCGUUCAUGGAGCACCUGAGCUCAUCUGGCUCAUUGUUUCACAGUGAUUAUGUUAAAAAUUAAAAAGGCUUAUAACCACUAAACCACUGACUCUCCUCCUUUUACGGCUCAAUAAAUAUUGGAGUUUUAAGUCGUUUUGGUGCCUCAUAAAGAUGCCUACACCAUGUUUGAGACUGCAGCGUUACCUGAUCCCUCUGUGCUUAUCAGUCCUGACAUGCAGACUGUUGGCUGGGAACUCAAAAAUAAACGAAAAAUGCUGAAAUGAAAGAACGCAGAAUUCACACUCUGUGGAUACAACAAUACCAUACACUUCAUUUUGAUAAGUAUUUUGUUUUGGUCUACAUUUGUUGAUAUGGUCUGUCUUCGGUGUUUCUACAUCAGCACAAUGUUCCCAGGAGUUCAGUUUUUGUUGCCAUCAGUUUCGUUUCUUUUUUACUGGAAGUGUUUCAAAGUUCCCAAAUCAAGUAUCGCAGUAGUUACUGUUGCAUUUUUUCGUGGCAUUGUCAGUCAGAGAACAGGGCCUCACGUAAAAACAGAAAUAACUCUUUUUGACUCAGUUGAAGUCUUGAACCAGACCAGCAAGUUGGACUAUCUUUACACUGUCAGCUAGAGGAGAGACCGGACAAACCUGAUCAAUGUUAACAGUAAGGAAAGAAGAGUUUCCAAUCACAGUGACUGCUCGAGUGAGCUUUAUCACUCAGAUAGACUCGGAAAAAGUUAUCCAGGACGUUAUUACGAAUUUAAGUUUUCCAAACACUCUAACUAAUAUUCCUGUUUCUGUAGGAACAGAUCGAACUGUUUUACUGUCUUUUACUAUCACAACCAGGAUUCAUGUCGGCCCUCUCCUUCACUGUCAUCCUCCUGACUCACAGACACACCUGACUGAUACAGAGCAGAUCUGAUUCAGAUUAAAAUGAUCAUCAGAUUAUGACACAAUAUGAAAACCUGGACAAGGCUGACCCCUUGUGGUCAUGAUUGGCAUUGCAGCAUGGGCUCCACUUGUAAGCUUCUGGAAGGAGCCUGAUUUAUUUUUUAUUUUAUAUGUAGACAUGUGCACAAUAAUGAACACAGGUAUAUAAACAUGAAAUAUUAUAACUGUAAAGGUGGGUGAUACACAUAAAUAUAAACCAAGCAUGUGUGGAAUGAAUAAAGUAGAAUGAAAUAGUUCAUAAAACUAGACAACAGAGAGCUGACAGCAUGAAUUAAAUUACUUUACAAAGACUUUAAAAUAAGAAUAAAGGUGGCUUUAUAACUCCGCUUCGAUUAAACCAGGAAUAAAGUCAGAGUUAAAGUGCUUUAGGUGUUUACAGUCCAAUAGUGAGAGUUUUUCUGUUUCGUCGAUAAAAUAUUGAGAAUGUAAAUGUAAGGAUUAUUUUAAGGCUCUGAGAACUCAAACUUAUAAAACUGUAAAUAAAAGGAAACUGUCAAUCUGUUGUGUAGAAGAAUAACUUGGGAAAAACAGGCCUCCACUCCCCAAGUUAUCUAGUCUUUUUUUAACCUUAUAUGCUUCUCUCUUUCUUUCCUUUGCUGUGUUUACCAAAUAUGUAAAUGAGGUAGCUCGCAUCAACCAGACUCUCUCUCUCUUUAAACAAACUUUCAAAUUUCAGUUUUUAAACAGUCUUGUCUCCUCUUUAGGAUCCAAGAUGGCGGCUGUGAUCUUGCUCAGAGUACGGUGACGGAUGGAAGAAAGGAGACGGAUCUAGAUGAGGACGAGAAAGACAUCAACACCAAGAAGGUAAAAAACUGAACUUUGUGUAGAGGAAAAAACUAUCUUGGAUGUAACCAUAACCUUCUCUUUGGCCAUCUUCUCACCAAAGUCAGUUUCAGUUGAACUUGAAGAGCAGCUCUUGAAUAGCUCCCUCUGUCUGCAGGUGGAGCUGUGUGAAGCUCUGAGGAGCAGCGUGGCGGCUCUGCGGCAGGAGAAGGAGGCGCUGUGUGAGGAGCAAAGACGUCACCAGGUGCUGGGUGCGAGCAUCGAGACGCUGGUGCAAGAGCUCCUCAAAUCCAACGAGCGGGACAAAUACAGCAUGUUCAUCGGUGCGACAAUCUAACAAUUACUUUAUUACCGUUAAACAACUACAGCUCCCAUCAUGUUCUGCUGGUGCACAUAGUCUGAAAUACUUUAAAGGCAUGCUUUAAUUUUUUAAAUGAAUUUAUUUUCACAGGGGAUCUGGAGAAGAUCGUGAACCUGCUGCUGUCUCUGUGCAGCCGGCUGUCCAGGAUCGACAGAUCUCUGCUGGCUCUGGAGAGAGAGGAGCUGACGCAGGAGGGAGCAGCUGAGGAGAGGGUGAGUGAGACGAACCAAAUCUUCCUGUCUCAAACUUCAGCUUUUUCUGAUGGCACAUCACCUGUCUGGGGGUCAGCAGUUGAGAAGUUGAAGUUCGGUAAAUGUCGUCUUGAAUUGGAAAUCCACUUUUCAUUUUCAUUUUAUCAUUAUUGAGGCAGUUUCAGUAUCACCCUUCUUACUGAAUAAUAAAUGUCGUUAACUUGAAGAUGUCCAUUGUCCAUAUUUGUUCAGCUUUCACCAGAAAGGUGCAUUUGUUCGACUCGCUCUCAGGUUUUAUCAUGUUUAGUUCAUGUAAACCAGCCUGAAUCUAACUCUCGGGAUCAGGAUGACCCUGGUAAUCUGGAUCAAAGUUGUCUCAGUCCUUCUCAGGAGUUCAAAACAAUCUGAUCUAAUCCUUUUUUUCUCCAGUUUUCUUCAGGAUUUGAUCCAAUCCAGUGGUUUUAGUUUGAUUGGAUUACUCUUGAGCAGCUCAGCCUUGGGUCUCAGGUGCUCUGAGUUUUUGAUGCUGUGUAAUCCAAAGUGAAUUUUAGAUAUUGACCGCAGCUUCCCAUGAAGAUUAGAUCAGACGCAGAAUCACAGAGGAAAUCUUGCGCUGAAAACACAAAGAGACAAAGAACAGAUCUUCAUCCUGGUACUUCUUUAAAAACACAGAGUCUGUUUCAUUCCGUUAAUGUUCACUGAGGCGAGAAGUGAAUCACAGCGUUAAAGCUUUUCAGGGAACUUACUGGUCAAACAUUAACUUUCACACCUUUGUCUGCUGCUCCAUCCUCACUGAUAAUGACAGAUAACCAGGUCAUCACACCAGGUUUCAUGAACUUCACGUCUUUGUAUGUAUAUGUCUUAUCCACACAGCUGUGAGUCAUUGAUCUCUGAUUGAAAGUACUUUUCCAGGUCCCUGUUGUGCAGAAAGUAAUCUGAGUAGAGAUGAGAUCUAGUGAUCUAAUUUGGGUUUUUGCCUUAGAUUAAAUCCUUCUGUUUGUGUUUCUUAAACCUUUGAGUCUGAUUAGAUAGAAAAAAGUUAUGAUAGUGAUACAACACGCUUCAGACAUCAUGAUAACCCCAGACUUUGCCAAGGUGAGGCAAGAAACUGUGUCCAAUCUUGCCAAUGCUAACACUGGAGCAGAGGUUUCAUCACAAGGUCCUAUCAGGUGAUAUGAGUCUCACAGCCAAGUACAUUUCAUCUCUCCUACAAAGCCUACAGAUGGGAUGACUUUGAUAAAGUGUCUCUUUCUUCAUUCUGAAUGUAGUGAGGCAAUAUUUUUUUAUUCUUUUUUUGGGUUUUUGAGCCUUUAUGUGCACAAAUGAGAUUUCAAACAACGCAGAAAAAGGGGAGAUAGAGUCUCACAAGUGUGACACCAAUACAGCAAAACCUCAGUAAACCAGAUCAUCACAUGGAAUCUGGGUCUUUUACCGGCUCUUGUUGCAUUUAUACAGAUCCAGGAUGGUGCAGACUGAUGGUCCAUAAAGAAAGAUUACACAUAACUCUUUGCACCUCUUGAAAUUAACACUAUUGUCACUAAUAGUCUGGUUUGCGUAGGGUGACCAUACGCCCUCUUUUACCUGGACAUGUCCUCUUUUUUGGGGGGCUUUCUGGGCUUGUCCGGCUUCAUCCAGGGAAGUUUGUAAAAACCUUCAAAUGUCUGCGAUUUUGUACAGAAGUUUCGAGUUUGUGUCAGGUGGACUUACUGAGUUAGAAGUGUGUAAAAGACACUCGAUCCGACCCAGAAAACUCUCAAAAUUAACUUUGUGCAACUCCACCACUCCCCCCUCAUGUAGUCAUGUCCUCUUUUUGGGAAGUCAGAAUAUGGUCACCCUAGGUUUGCUCUUGUAGGUCACAAAGACACAUCAGGUGCUUUAAUCUCACCUUUGUGGUAGAGCAGGUGUGCGUUCAUAAAACUGGUCUAUAAGCAUCUGAACAUGUCCAGUUUUAUCUUACAUUUUUAUAUGUUGUCACAAACUGUUUUGUAACAGAUUAUCUUGCACUUCUUUCCUAGGACUCCCUCCAUCAUAAGCGCUCCCUCCUCCUCUGUCAGACCGAAGACGCCCGGGAGCUGAAGGAGAACCUGGACCGACGGCAGCGCGUGGUCCAUGCCAUCCUGACCGGCUACCUCACCGACCAGCAGCUACUGGACUACCGCCACUUUGUCAGCACCAAACCCUCCCUCCUAAUUCGCCAGCGGCAGCUCGAUGACCUCAUACGGCAGGGGGAGGAGCAGCUCGUGCGAUUGGCCGAGAGCCUGCCGCAAGAAGUGGCGGAGGCUCACGGUUGGUCCAGAGGAUUUCCGUUCUUGACAUCCAGCCCCUCCCACUGCUCUUCCCCUGUGCAUACAAUCCUUCCUUCCUCCGCGACACCAAGCCCUGCCCACUCCGCCAGGUCAACCACUGUGACGUCAUUGUGA